AUAUUGGACAUUAACCUGGUCGAUUCCAAUUGGAAGCCAGCCACCGGUGACGGAGCGACUGAUUUCAGAUAAAUCUUUGCGAAGAUCAUUGCCUUAUUUGUUUAUUUGUGGGGUCUCGCGUCUCCCGUCUCCUGACUCCUGUCUAAUUGCAGUGAAAGUUUGCCAGGCCUUGGUUAAUUUCAUCUACAAUUUUACCUUGUGAAAAUUCCGAAAAACCAAACGCGCGCAAAGCCAUCAAAAGUGUUCAAAAGAAAAGCGUUAAAUAUUGUUAAAUACAACAAUAAGAAAAAAUAUUCCAGUGUCUGUGUCUGUUGCCGCAGUUUCGCAGAGUGUGUGUGUGUGUGCCAGCGUCUAUAUCUCUGUGUUUUUUGACGGCAAAUCGCUUUUGGCAGCUGCCUUGGCAGCAGCCAUCUAAGAAACAAAGUCUUUUUUGCUGGCGUCGCUCUUCGUUGGCAGCUGUUGGCAGUAUGAACUGAUUUUGGCCGAAAGUGGAUGAAUAAAAUGCAAAAAUGAAAAUAUUUUUGCCACUAGUCACGUGGAUAGUGCUACUACUCUCGAGUGCAGUACAUUCACAAUUUUCACAACUACGGCAACCAUUCAAAAGGUCCGCUAACUUAAGAGGGAACAGUCGGUUUCGGGGUGAGGUCUUCUACCUGAACCUCGAGGAUGGCUACUUUGGCUGCCAAGUCAACGAGUCCACCGACUAUUUGCAGCUGUACGAACUAUCGAAACUAUGCGACGGCACCCAGGACUGUUAUCUGGGUUCCGAUGAGCUGAGCAAAGAGCUCAAAUGCACAAAUGACUGUGAUAAGGAUGGCACCCAGUGCACUCAUGGCGCGUGUUUGAAUGGCGUCUGCCAUUGCAAUGACGGCUACGGCGGCUGCAAUUGCGUGGACAAAGACGAGAACGAAUGCAAACAGCGGCCGUGCGAUGUGUUUGCCCAUUGCACAAACACACUGGGCAGCUUUACGUGUACCUGCUUUCCGGGCUAUCGCGGCAAUGGCUUCCACUGUGAAGACGUUGACGAAUGCCAAGAUCCCGCGAUAGCAGCGCGAUGCGUGGAGAACGCCGAGUGCUGUAACCUGCCGGCGCACUUCCUCUGCAAGUGCAAGGACGGCUACGAGGGCGACGGCGAGGUACUCUGCACGGAUGUGGACGAGUGCCGGAAUCCGCAGAACUGCGGCCCCAACGCCCUCUGCACCAACACGCCGGGCAAUUACACGUGCUCCUGUCCAGAUGGAUUCGUUGGAAACAAUCCUUAUCGGGAGGGCUGUGUGGAUGUGGACGAGUGCUCGUAUCCGAAUGUCUGCGGACCCGGUGCCAUAUGUACGAAUCUCGAGGGCAGUUAUCGCUGCGACUGCCCGCCGGGAUACGACGGCGAUGGACGAUCGGAGUCCGGUUGCGUGGACCAGGACGAGUGCGCCCGGACGCCCUGCGGCCGGAACGCAGACUGUUUGAAUAUGGACGGAAGCUUCCGCUGCCUGUGUCCGGAUGGAUAUAGCGGUGAUCCCAUGGUGGGAUGUGAGGAUGUCGAUGAAUGCGCCACUAACAAUCCAUGCGGUUUGGGUGCUCAAUGCGUGAACAUGGGCGGUAGCUUCCAGUGUCGCUGUCCCCUCGGCUUUGUUUUGGAACACGAUCCCCAUGCGGAUCAACUGCCCCAGGAGCAGCCGCUGGCAGGCUACGGGCCGGGGGCAACAGAUAUCGCGCCCAUACAGAAGACGACGGGCGCCGGGCUGGCCUGCCUGGACAUUGAUGAGUGCAACCAGCCAGACGGUGUGGCCAAGUGCGGCACCAACGCCAAGUGCAUCAACUUCCCCGGCUCGUACCGCUGCCUCUGUCCCAGCGGAUUCCAAGGACAGGGCUAUUUGCAUUGCGAGAACAUCAACGAGUGUCAGGAUAAUCCGUGCGGGGAGAACGCUAUCUGCACGGACACAAUCGGCAGUUUCGUGUGCACCUGCAAGCCGGACUACACCGGAGAUCCGUUCCGCGGAUGUGUGGACAUCGACGAGUGUACGGCGUUGGAUAAGCCGUGUGGACAGCAUGCGAUGUGCGAGAACGCCGUACCCGGCUACAACUGCAAGUGCCCGCAGGGAUACGACGGGAAACCCGAUCCCAAGGUGGCCUGCGAGCAGGUGGACGUGAAUAUCCUGUGCAGCAGCAACUUCGACUGCACCAACAACGCCGAGUGUAUUGAGAACCAGUGCUUCUGUUUGGACGGCUUCGAGCCCAUCGGAGCCAGUUGUGUGGACAUCGAUGAGUGUCGCACCAACCCCAACGUUUGUGGUCCCCAUGCCCAGUGUCUGAACACUCCCGGAUCCUAUCGCUGUGACUGUGAGGCUGGAUAUGUGGGCAGUCCGCCGAGGAUGCCCUGCAAGCAGCCUUGCGAGGAUGUGCGGUGUGGAGCCCACGCCUAUUGCAAACCGGAUCAGAACGAGGCCUACUGUGUCUGCGAAGAGGGAUGGACUUACAACCCAAGCGAUGUCUCGGCGGGAUGUGUGGACAUCGACGAGUGCGAUGUGAUGCACGGUCCCUUCGGCAGCUGUGGCCACAAUGCCACCUGCACCAACAGCCCCGGUGGCUACACUUGUGCCUGUCCCCCUGGAUACUCUGGAGACCCGCACUCCAAGUGCGUGGAUGUGGACGAAUGCAGAGCGGGAUCCAGCAAGUGCGGACUGGGAGCCGAGUGCGUGAAUGUGCAGGGUGGAGGAUACACCUGCCGCUGCCCAGAGAACACCAUCGCCGAUCCAGAUCCGAGUGUGCGAUGUGUGCCCAUCGUGAGUUGCUCGUCCAGCUCUGAUUGUCCCGGCAAUGCCAUCUGCGAUGAAACCAAACGCUGCCUCUGCCCAGAACCUAACAUUGGAAACGAUUGCCGGCAUCCUUGCGAAGCCCAGGAUUGUGGAGCACAUGCUCAGUGCAUGUUGGCCAACGGACAGGCUCAGUGCCUGUGUGCCCCUGGGUACACUGGAAACGCCGCUUUGCCCGGAGGAUGCAAUGACAUCGACGAGUGCCGUGCCAAUCCCUGUGCCGAAAAGGCUAUUUGCUCGAAUACCGCCGGUGGCUACCUAUGCCAGUGUCCCGGAGGCUCCAGUGGAGAUCCUUAUCGGGAAGGCUGCAUCACCUCCAAAACGGUUGGCUGCUCCGACGCGAACCCCUGCGCUGCCGGCGAGAGUUGUGUCCAGGAUUCGUACACUGGCAAUAGUGUAUGCAUCUGUCGUCAGGGCUACGAGCGGAAUCCGCAGAACGGUCAGUGCCAGGAUCUAGACGAGUGCUCCCUGCAAAGAGGAAAGCCUGCCUGCGGCCUGAAUGCUCUCUGCAAGAAUUUGCCGGGAAGCUACGAGUGCCGUUGUCCGCAGGGUCACACCGGAAAUCCCUUCGUUAUGUGUGAGAUCUGCACCACGCCAGAGUGCCAGUGCCAGGCCCCGUACAAGCUCCUGGGCAACAGUUGCGUCCUGGCCGGCUGCUCCGGUGGACAGGCGUGCCCCAGUGGAGCGGAAUGCAUUUCGAUUGCCGGCGGUGUGAGCUACUGCGCCUGCCCGAAGGGCUACCAAACCCAGCCGGAUGGAUCCUGCGCCGAUGUAGACGAAUGCGAGGAGCGCGGAGCGAAUAUAUGUGCGUUCGGAGCUCAGUGCGUCAACCAGCCCGGUGGCUACACUUGCCACUGUCCGGAGGGCUACCAGGGAGAUCCCUACAACGGGCUGUGUGCCCUGGACCAGAGGAAAUGUGCCGCCGACAAGGAGUGCGGCAGCAAUGAGAAGUGCAUCCAACCCGGAGAGUGCGUGUGCCCGCCACCGUACUUCCUUGAUCCGCAGGAUAACAACAAAUGUAAGAGCCCCUGUGAACGCUUCCCUUGCGGUAUCAAUGCCAAGUGCACGCCAUCAGAUCCGCCUCAAUGCAUGUGCGAGGCUGGAUUCAAGGGCGAUCCCCUGCUGGGCUGCACGGACGAGGAUGAGUGCGCCCACCUGCCCUGCGCCUAUGGAGCCUACUGCGUGAACAAGAAGGGCGGCUACCAGUGCGUCUGUCCCAAGGGCUUCACUGGCGAUCCGUACAAGAGUGGCUGCAUCUUGGAGUCCGGUACUCCGAAGAGCAAGUGCCUCAGCAACGAUGACUGUGCCAGCAAUCUGGCCUGUCUGGAAGGCAGCUGCGUUAGUCCCUGCAUUAGCCUCCUUUGUGGAUCCAAUGCCUACUGCGAAACGGAGCAGCAUGCUGGAUGGUGUCGCUGCCGCGUUGGAUUUGUAAAGAAUGGAGACGGUGACUGUGUGUCUCAGUGCCAGGACGUGAUCUGCGGCGAGGGAGCGCUCUGCAUCCCCACCAGUGAAGGACCCACCUGCAAGUGCCCCCAGGGUCAGCUGGGCAACCCCUUCCCCGGCGGCAGCUGCAGCACGGAUCAGUGCUCGGCCUCCAGGCCGUGCGGUGAACGGCAGAUCUGCAUCAACGGCAGGUGCAAGGAACGAUGCGAAGGCGUGGUCUGUGGCAUUGGAGCCACCUGCGACAGGAACAACGGAAAGUGCGUCUGCGAACCAAACUUUGUGGGUAACCCAGACUUGCUCUGCAUGCCGCCCAUCGAGCAGGCCAAGUGCUCACCUGGAUGUGGAGAGAACGCCCAUUGCGAAUACGGACUUGGACAGAGCCGGUGCGCCUGUAACCCAGGCACUUUUGGCAAUCCCUACGAAGGAUGUGGCGCCACCAGCAAGAAUGUCUGCCAACCAAACAGCUGCGGAACCAAUGCCGAAUGUAGGGCCAUCGACAACCACAUUGCCUGUCUGUGUCCUCAAGGAUUCAGUGGCAAUCCCUACAUUGGAUGCCAGGACGUGGACGAGUGCGCCAACAAGCCUUGCGGUCGGAAUGCCGCCUGCCUGAACACGGCCGGAGGAUUCGAGUGUCUUUGUCUGUCCGGUCACGCCGGAAACCCAUACAGCAGCUGCCAACCCAUCGAGAGCAAGUUCUGCCAGGAUGCCAACAAGUGCCAGUGCAACGAGCGAGUCGAGUGCCCGGAUGGCUACAGCUGUCAGAAGGGCCAGUGCAAGAACCUAUGCUUCCAGGCAGCUUGUGGUCCCCGUGCCAUUUGCGAUGCCGGCAAGUGCAUCUGCCCCAUGGGCUACAUUGGAGACCCGCACGAUCUCAUCCAGGGAUGCAGCGUGCGCGGCCAGUGCAGCAACGACGCCGACUGCCAGCACACGGAGAUCUGCUUCCAGCUGGGCAAGGGUCUGCGCAAGUGCGUCGAUGCCUGCUCCAAGAUUCAGUGUGGACCCAAUGCUCUGUGCGUGGCUGAUGGUCACCGAUCCUCGUGCAUCUGCUCCGAUGGGUUCUUCGGUAACCCGAGCAACCUGCAAGUGGGCUGCCAGCCUGAACGAAAGGUGCCCGAAGUGGACCACACAUGCAAGUCCGACAAGGACUGCGAGCGAGGAUUUGGUUGCCAAAUGAAUCCCCAGGGAACCCGGGAGUGCGUCAACCUCUGCAACAAUGUAGUCUGCGGGCCUAACGAACUCUGCAAGAUCAACAAGAAGGGUCUGGCCAACUGCAACUGUGCCGAGAGCUAUGCCUGGAACCCAUUGAUUUCCGCCUGCGAGAAGCCUUCUCUGCCAGACUGUACCAGCGACGCCAACUGUCCCGAUGCCUCCGCCUGUCGACCUGAUGUCCUGGGCGUGCUGAAGUGCGUUGCAAUCUGCGAUGCCUUCACCUGCCCGGCCAACUCAGUCUGCGUGGCCCGCCAACAUCAAGGACGUUGUGAUUGCCUCCAUGGAUUCGUGGGCAAUCCCAACGACAGGAACGGAUGCCAACCGGUUCAGAAACACCAGUGCCGCAGCAACGCCGAGUGCCAGGAGUCGGAAGCCUGCAUCAAGGACGAGGCCAGCCAAACCCUGGGAUGCCGACCGGCCUGCGAUGCGGUCAAGUGCGGACCCCGUGCCGUGUGUAUCACAAACAACCACCAGGCUCAGUGCCAGUGCCCGCCAGGACCAUUUGCCGGAGAUCCGUACGAUCCUUUCAACGGCUGCCAGAGCGUUCCUUGCGUUUACAAUCAUGACUGUCCGCCCAGCCAGAUGUGCAACCGAAUGACCCACACCUGCUUCGAUGUCUGCGACGAGGAGUCCUGCGGUGAGAACGCCAUUUGCUUGGCCGACGACCACCGAGCCGUAUGCCACUGCCCGCCCGGAUUCCGUGGCGACCCGCUUCCCGAGGUGGCCUGCACCAAGCAAGGAGGAUGUGCGGCCGGAACCUGCCAUCCAUCAGCCAUCUGCGAAGUUACUCCCGAGGGCCCGGUGUGCAAGUGCCCGCCCCUGUUUGUGGGAGAUCCCAAACGUGGAGGCUGUCGUCCAGAUGGUCAAUGCCCCAACGGAGAUGCUGACUGCCCGGUGAACACCAUAUGCGCCGGAGGAAGAUGCCAAAACCCUUGUGACAAUGCCUGCGGACCAAAUGCAGAGUGCAAGGUGGUCAACAGGAAACCCGUCUGCAGCUGCCCACUUCGCUUCCAGCCCAUCUCGGACUCGGCUAAGGGAGGCUGUGCCCGCAGCCAAUCGAAGUGCCUCACGGACGUGGACUGCGGCGGAGAGCUGUGCUACAACGGACAGUGCCGCAUCGCAUGCCGGAACUCGCAGGAUUGCUCCGAUGGCGAGAGCUGCAUGAGCAACGUCUGCGUGGUAGCCUGCCUGGAUCACAGCCAGUGCUCCACUGGGCUGGCCUGCGUGGAAGGUCACUGCACCAUCGGCUGCCGCAGCAACAAGGAGUGCAAGCAGGAUCAGUCCUGCAUUGAGAAUAAGUGCCUGAAUCCCUGCCAAUCUGGAAGCAGUUGCGGACCCAACGCCCUGUGCAGUAUUUCCCAGCACCGUAGCCAGUGCACCUGUCCCGAUGGCUUUGAAGGUAAUCCCACCCCGGAACAGGGAUGCGUCCGAGUGCCCGCCCCGUGCUUGGCCAGCAACCAGUGUCCCAACGGACACAUGUGCAUCGGCAACCAGUGUAACCUUCCCUGCACCAAGACCUCGGCCUGCGCCGUUGGCGAGCGCUGCUACCAGCAAGUGUGCCGCAAGGUGUGCUACACCAGCAACAACUGCCUGGCAGGAGAGAUCUGCAACUCGGACAGUACCUGCCAGCCGGGAUGUGACUCGGAUGCGGACUGUCCGCCCACGGAACUAUGCUUGACCGGAAAGUGCAAGUGUGCCGUAGGAUUCAUCGGAACUCCCUUCGGAUGCUCCGACAUUGAUGAGUGCACAGAGCGGCCAUGUCACGAGAGUGCCCGGUGCGAAAACACCCCUGGAUCGUACCGCUGUGUCUGCCCAGACGGCACAGUCGGCGAUGGCUAUACCCAACCAGGAUGCUCCACGCCUCGUCAAUGCCACCAACCGGACGAUUGCGCCAACAAUCUUGCCUGCAUCCAUGGCAAGUGCACAGAUCCUUGCCUGCACACCGUUUGCGGAGCCAACGCCCACUGCCAGUCUGAGGGACACGAGGCCUUGUGCAGUUGUCCCGCCGGCUUCCUUGGCGACCCCAAUGAUACUGGAGUCGGUUGCUUUAAGGUGGAGUGCAUCGAUCAUGUUGACUGCGCCGGAGAUCGUGCUUGUGACUCGGAGACCAAUCGCUGCAUUAAGCCCUGCGACCUCAUAAGCUGCGGCAAAGGCAAUUGCCAGGUGGAGGACCACAAGGCCGUGUGCGCCUGCUACGAAGGAUACCAGCUGGUCAGUGGAGGAGUGUGCGAAGAUGUCAACGAGUGCCUGGCGAAACCCUGCCACAGCACAGCCUUCUGCAACAAUCUGCCAGGAAGCUACAACUGCCAGUGCCCAGAGGGAUUGAUCGGCGACCCCAUUCAAGCCGGCUGCCGAGACCCCAGCGAGUGCCUGAGUGAUGCGGAUUGUCCCAGCUCGGCCAGUUGCCAGAACUCCCGUUGCAGAAGUCCUUGCGAACGUCAAAAUGCCUGCGGCUUGAAUGCCCAGUGCCAGGCACAGGGCCACCAGGCCAUCUGCACCUGCCCAAUGAACUCCCGCGGAGACCCAGCCAUCGAGUGCGUCCAUAUCGAGUGCUCGGACAACGACGACUGCUCAGGAGACAAGGCUUGUCUGGAUGCCAAGUGCAUCGAUCCCUGCUCUCUGCCCAAUGCGUGUGGAGCUCAGGCGCGCUGCUCUGUUCAGAACCACAUCGGAGUCUGUUCCUGCGAGUCGGGAAGCACCGGCGACGCCAAGCUGGGCUGUGUCCCACUGCAAUACUGCCAGCAGGAUGGCCAGUGUGCUCAGGGAAGCAUCUGCUCCCACGGCAUCUGUAGUCCCCUGUGCAGCACCAAGCGCGACUGCAUCUCGGAGCAGUUGUGUCUACAGGGCGUAUGCCAGGUGACCUGCAAGUCAAACUCGACCUGCCCCCAGUUCCAGUUCUGCUCGAACAACAUUUGUACCAAGGAGUUGGAAUGCCGAUCGGAUGCAGACUGUGGCGAGGACGAGACCUGCUUGAGUGACGCCUACGGCAGGGCUAAGUGCGAAUCCGUGUGCCUCGGCCGGGCUGCCUGUGGAAGGAACGCAGAAUGCGUGGCCCGUUCCCAUGCCCCUGACUGCCUUUGCAAGGAAGGAUUCUUUGGAGAUGCCAAAUCCGGAUGUAGGAAGAUCGAAUGUACCACGGACGACGAUUGCUCGAACGACAAGAGCUGCGAUAAUCACAUGUGCAAGAUUGCCUGCCUGAUUGGACAGCCGUGUGGCGAGAAUGCCUUGUGCACCACGGAGCACCACCAACAGGUGUGCCACUGCCAACCAGGAUUCAGCGGAGAUCCUCGGGUUCGCUGCGAUGUGAUCGACUUCUGUCGGGACGCUCCGUGCGGACCCGGAGCCCGUUGCCGAAACUCGCGCGGCUCGUACAAAUGCACCUGUCCCCCAGGACUCGUUGGUGAUCCGUACAACGAGGGCUGUCGCAGCUCCGUGGAGUGCGAGACCAACGAGGACUGUCCCCCGCAUGCCGCAUGCACCCAGACCAACGGUGUGGCCAAGUGCCGAGAUGUCUGCGCCCAGCUGCAAUGUGGCCCCAACGCGGAAUGUGUUCCGAAGGGUCAUGUGGCGCAGUGUGCAUGCCGCAGCGGCUACGACGGCCAGCCCGCCGACCGGGUGGCCGGUUGUAAGCCUCUCCCCGUUCCCUGCCAGGUCACCGGCGACUGUCCGACCAACACAUACUGCUCGGAUAGCGUCUGCAAACCGGCUUGUGUCCUGGACACCGAGUGUGGAGCUUCAGAGGUGUGCCAGGGAGGACAAUGCUUCAAUCCCUGCCUGCAACCCCAGGCUUGUGGCCAAAAUGCCGAGUGCGUGAUUCAGAACCACCUGAAACAGUGUCACUGCCCAGAGGGUUUCACAGGCGACUCUGCGAAGGAAUGUGUCAGGGUGCCGGUGGCCUGUGAUGGCGACUGUGCUCCUGGCUACACCUGCCGCGACUCCAUGUGCCUGCCCCAGUGCCAAAACGAUCUGGAGUGUGCCUCCAACGAGAAAUGCCUCAGGGGCAACUGCAUGCUGACCUGUCGUGUGGACAACGAUUGCUUCUUGGGACAUGUUUGCCUGCACAACAAGUGCGUCUAUGGGUGCCACGCCGACGAGGAUUGCAGUGCCUCCGAGUCCUGCCGCAACGACAAGUGUGUGAAUCCCUGUCUGGAGAGCCCCUGCGGACCGAAUGCCGCCUGCUCGGUGUCCAACCACAGGGCGAGCUGCAGCUGCCUGGAGAGCAUGGUGCCCAACCCGACGCCCCAGGUGGGCUGUGUGAGAGCUCCGCCACUGGAGUGCCGCGAGAAUCGUGACUGUGGCAAUGGACUGGCCUGCUUUGAGUCGGUUUGCCGACCUCUGUGCGCCGACGAUUCCGGCUGUCUGACCAACGAACGCUGCCAGCAGGGAGUGUGCAAGCCGCUCUGCCGGCACGACAACGAAUGCGGCCAUGGUGAGCUGUGCCUGGGCUUGAACUGCGUGCCCGGCUGUCGCAACGACCAGGGCUGUCCCCAGGACCUCGCCUGUGUGGCUCAGCAGUGCAUCGAUCCAUGUGCCGAUCCCACUGCCUGCGGCACCAACGCUCUCUGCCUGACCGUCGAUCAUCGCAAGCAAUGCUCCUGUCCCGAGGGCCUCGACGGCAAUGCCAAUGUUGCCUGCAAGGUGCCAAGGACUGCCUGUGCCAGGAACGAAGACUGCCAGACGAACCAGCUCUGCUAUGCGGGCAGCUGCCAAGGCAAGUGCCGGAAUGACCAGAACUGCUUAGCCGAUGAGAGGUGUAUGCGCGGCACUUGCCGCACCGUCUGCAACACCGACGAUGCCUGCUCCCAGGGUCAGAUCUGCGAGAAUCGCAUGUGCCAGACCGGCUGCCGCACGGAUCUUAGCUGUGCCACCGACGAGGCCUGCGUGAAUAAGAAGUGCCAGAACCCAUGCAAGACACCCGGACAGUGUGGUCAGUGCGCUGACUGCCUGGUGGUCAAUCACGGCGUCCAGUGCCAGUGCCCGGCUUCGUUUAUCGGAGACGGAUUAACCGGAUGCCAGUUGCCUCCUGAACGAUGCCAUCCCGGCUGCGAUUGCGAUGAGAACGGAGCCUACUGUGCCAACAAGUGCUCGAGAAGCGAGGAUUGCGCCUGUGGACAGCAGUGCGCUCGGGGAAAGUGCCGCAACAAGUGCGGACCCAAGCGCCAAUGCACAGUGGGUCAGCUUUGCGAAAGGGGAUCCUGCAUCGCAGGUUGCAAGUCCAACGGAGACUGUGCUGCCGACCAGAGCUGUGUUCGAGGCAAGUGCACAGAUCCCUGCGCCGAUGACAAGGCCUGCGGAAGAAACGCCCUGUGUACGGUCUCGGAGCACCGCAUGCUCUGCUACUGUCCGGACGGAUACGAAGGUGAGCCCACCAAGGAGUGCGUGCAGUUCGAGUGCCGCGUGGACACCGAUUGUGACACCAACAAACGCUGCGACCAAGGAAAGUGUCGCAAUCCAUGCCUGGAAUACGGAGCCUGUGGCACCAAUGCCCAAUGCCGCGUGGUUAACCGCAAGGCGCAGUGUUCCUGCCCGCCUGAUUUCUUCGGCAAUCCUUCGAGCGAAUGCCAGCCCCUGGAAGGAGGCUGCUCGAACAACCCGUGCGGCGUGAACUCCAAGUGCAACGAAGUACCCGGUGGAUACGAGUGUGCCUGCAUGGAUGGUUGCAUUGGAGAUGCGCACAAGGGAUGCCUCUGCGAGGGAACGCUGGUGAAUGCCUGCCACGGACACCCUUGUGGCCGGAAUGCCGAAUGCCACGUACUGGAUGGAAGUCAGCCGCAGUGCUAUUGCCCAGAUGGCUUACCCCACGGAGAUCCUUAUGUGGAAUGUUACCUGACUCCUCCGAAAGAGGACUGCCGCAACCAAGGCUGCGAGGUGGGCGACUGUGUUCGACAGGGCUCUGAAUAUGUGUGCCAGCAGGACACCGAACAAUGCUACUCAGACACGGAUUGUCCCAGUGAAAAGUCGUGCCUCCAAGGACACUGCAGCGAUCCUUGUACAAUGCGUGGCGCUUGUGGCUUAAAUGCGCUUUGCAAAACUGUUCUGCAUCGGCCGCGCUGCUCUUGCCCCAGCUGCCACAUCGGCCGGCCGGAUGUGGAGUGCAAGCCGGACCCCAAAUGCAUCCCGGAUGACACGGAUGCCAAGACCAAGGAGCAAAUACCUUGCACCAGCGACUCCGAGUGUCCGGAGACGUUGCAGUGCGGCCAGUAUGGCCAGUGCACGGAUCCGUGCAACAAUCCCCUCUUCAUCUGCGAGAGCAACAAGAAGUGCGAGACGCGGCGCCACCAGCCGGUGUGCAUCUGCAAGUCGGGCUUUAUUGUGAACGAGUAUGGCGAACUGACCUGUGCCCCGGACAAGCGGGAGUGCUAUCGCGACGAUGACUGUGCCUCGAACAUGGCCUGCACGGACGGCAAGUGCCGGAAUCCGUGCAUCGUCCCCCUGGGACGGUCGCCGAUCUGUGCGGAGAACAAGUCCUGCGAGGUGCAGAACCACAAGCCCGUGUGCAUCUGCAUGCGUGACUGCCAGCCCUCGAUCUCGAUCUGCCUGCGGGACGCCGGCUGUCCGGCCGGGCUCGCCUGCCGCAAGCUGCAGUGCGUCGAUCCGUGCAAGUUUGCCACAUGCGCCCCCAACUCGCCAUGCAUUGUCGAGGAUCACAAGCCGAUAUGUAAAUUCUGCCCAGCUGGAUUUAUAGCCGAUGCCAAGAAUGGAUGUCAAAAAGAAAUUGGUUGUGCCUCCAGUGCUGAGUGUCCAUCCCAGCAGGCAUGUAUCAAUGCUCUUUGCGUUGAUCCCUGCACCUACAGCAAUCCCUGCGACCGGAACGAGGACUGUCGAGUUCUCGACCACCAGCCCUUGUGCUCCUCAGAAACUGGUCGUACACCUGGCUGUGAACACUGUCCACCAGGUGUCAAUUGUGAUCCCACAACGGGAGCUUGUAUCAAGGCUAAUGUAACAAUAACAACUAUUACUACCAAGAACUCCACAUCUACCAAGAUUGGUAAACCAAGAACAACAGCUAACCCCAAUAUUGGCGUCAAAACGACACCAACCACGACAAGGGUCACAAACAAAACCACCAAAAAACCAACCACCACCACCACUACUACCACUUCCUCCACUAUCACAGAAUCGAGCACAAGCACAAGCGCUACUAACCAGACCAGUAAGAACCACAGACCCGACACAGAAAGCACCACCUCCCACACCGAUGCUACGAGGCGGUACCGCGACGGUGAGAACAACAUCACCGAUACUCCGACCCCGACUCCCAGGCCCUCGGUACAGACGACCACGUUGCGGGGCGAGGAUAUAUCGAGUGACAGCCAGAAGCGCACUACAACGCCCAGAUCGAAGACCACGCGACUGGACACUUCCAAGGAAGUGCCAGAUGCCACCACGUCGUGGCCCAUUGAGCUGCCAACCACUGAGGGCACCACCACGGAGGUCUACGGCACCAUGAUUGCGCCACUGGCGAACACCACUGACAUCUCAUUAAUUAACCCAUGUACAGUAGAUACUAAUUGUGCUCCUAACGAGCACUGUAACCAGGGCCAAUGCCGUAAGAAAGAACCGCCGGGUUCACCGAAAACACCCGAACCAUGCCAAUCUAACAACGACUGCAUUGAGAGCGAGGCCUGCUACAUGGGUCUGUGCCAGGAUCCGUGUGAGUUUGCCAAGAUCUGCGCCUCGAGCGCCAAGUGCUCGGCGAAGAGUCAUCGACCAAUUUGCACCUGCCCGCAGGGCCACGAGGGCAAUCCAAUGGUCAAGUGUGUGCCCACGCAAACUUCAAUGGAAUGCGCUGAUGAUUCCGACUGUGGCAUCACGGAGGCGUGCAUCAACCAGCGCUGCCAACAUCCUUGCGAUGUCCAUGAUCCUUGCGCCACGAAUGCCGUGUGCAUCAACACCAAUCACGCGGCCGAUUGCAGCUGCGCCGAUGGCUUCCAAGGCAACGGAUUUGUUGGCUGCCAGCCAGCACGCACCCAUGUCUGCCAAUACAACGAGGACUGCCCACCGACGAAGCUCUGCGAUCGCCUCAACCGCCGCUGCAUCAAUCCCUGCCAGGAGGAUUCGUGCGGCGAGAAUGCCGAGUGCAUUCCCGUCAACCACGGCACCGACUGUCGCUGCCUGCCCGGAUUCCUGGGCAACGCCUAUGUCCAGUGCCUGCCCAGCCAGGGCUGUCGCUCGGACUCGGAGUGUGACUCCAGCCAGGCCUGCAUCAACGGCAAGUGCUCCUCGCCCUGCCAGUGCGGUGCUUUCGCCCUUUGCGACGUGGUCAAUCACCGUGGAGUGUGCAAGUGCCCGGCGGGCUACAAUGGCAAUCCCCAGGUGGGCUGCAGCCCACCCCAGAAUCCCUGCGAGCCAAAUCCCUGCGGCCUCAAUGCCCUGUGCGAACUGGACAAUGGCAAUCCCAUCUGCUACUGCCCCAAGGGACUAACUGGAAAUCCUUUCAAGAAUUGCAUUCCGGAGGGUGAUGAGUGCACACCCAAUCCUUGCGGACCUAACUCGGGAUGCCGUCGUGUCGACGGCAAUCCCAUCUGCUUCUGCGUGCCGGAGUACGAGGGCCAGCCACCGCAGAUUCCUUGCGAGCUACCCUCGAAUCCCUGCGAACCAUCACCCUGCGGCCCGAACACCCAGUGCUCGGUGCUCAGCAACGGAUUCUCGAAGUGCACCUGCCUGCCCGGAUAUGUGGAGAGCCCGAAUACUAUUCGCGGAUGUGUGGAACCGAUUAAUCCCUGCGACCCCAACCCGUGUGGAACAGGAGCCAUCUGCGACUCAUCGCGCCAGCCUGUCUGCUACUGUCCGGACAACAAGAUUGGAAAUCCAUUCCGGUUGUGCGAGAAGCCCGCUGUUUCGAUCGAACUCUGUCAGCCCGGUCCCUGUGGACGCAAUGCCGACUGCUACGUGGCCGGUAACCGCGAGGAAUGCUACUGCCAAUCAGGAUAUGUGGGAGACGCCUACCAAGGAUGUCGCGAACCGAGUCGUACUGUCUGCGAACCGAACCCCUGCGGUCCAAAUGCCAACUGUGUGGUCGAUGGUAAUGGCCAGACUGCCUGCGUCUGCCCCGACGGACUUUCCGGAGAUCCUACUUCGCUCAUCGGAUGCCAUGGCUAUGAGUGCCAAGUGGAUGCCGAUUGCCCGCACAAUAAGGCCUGCAUGGGCUUCCGUUGCUACGAUCCUUGCCCUGGAGCCUGUGGCAGUGGAGCCAGUUGCCGCGUGGAGGAACACCACCCGGUGUGCUCUUGCAAUGCUGGCCUGACCGGCAAUCCCGGAGUUCGCUGCUAUGCCCUGGAUCAUCCCAAGAAGAAUCCCUGCGUGCCAAGUCCAUGUGGAAGGAAUAGCGAAUGCAAGCUGCAGAACAACCGAGCUGUUUGCUCCUGCAUUGCUGGAUACCUGGGUGAUCCCCAGUCUGGAUGCCGACCGGAGUGUGACAUCAACUCGGACUGCGGUGACUCCCUGUCUUGCAUCAACCACAAGUGUGUGGACCCCUGCGCCGGAGCCAUUUGUGGCAUCAAUGCCAUUUGCAAUGUGCGACAGCACACGCCGGUCUGUCUUUGCUUAGAUGGAUUCGUUGGCGAUGCCUUCCUGCAGUGCGUCCCCAUUGGAAUCUUGAAGAAUGUUUCCCGCGAUCCCUGUGCCUCCUCACCCUGUGGACCGCACGACGUGUGCUCCGUCUACGGCGAUGGCGUGGCCCUUUGCGACCCCUGCUUCGGACCCAAUGCCCAACAGAAUCCUCGCUGCCGACCGGAGUGUGUGGCGAACUCGGAUUGUCCCUUCGAUCGCGCCUGCUUGGGACAGCGUUGCUUGGAUCCCUGCCCGGGAUCGUGUGGCCGCAACGCCAUCUGUAACGUGUACGAGCACAACCCAGUGUGUGCUUGUCCGUCGGGACUCUUUGGAAACCCCUACGAGCAGUGCACCAGCCAAUCCGUGAUUAUCCCACCACCGCAGCCCAGCUGUGCCAAGCUCCAGUGCGGUGCCAACGCCGAGUGCAAGCGUCAGCACAGUGGCCUCGCCUGCGUUUGCCGUAAGGGAUACUUCGGAGAUCCGCACAUCGGCUGCCGGCCGGAGUGCGUGCUCAACAGUGACUGUCCCGCGGAGAAGGCUUGUCUGAACUCUAAGUGCGUGGAGGCCUGUUCCGGAGUGUGCGGCAUCAAUGCCAUGUGUCGGGUGGUCAACCAUGCCCCUGUUUGUAUUUGCAACGAGGGAUAUAAUGGAGACGCCUCCAUUGCCUGCAAUCCGUACUACCUGCCACCCGCGGCACAUCCCUGUGAACCGUCUCCUUGUGGACCCAACUCCCGUUGCCGCGCCACUCCCGAUGGCUUCGCUGCCUGCUCUUGCCUGCCAAACUUCAAAGGCGCUCCGCCUGUUUGCCAGCCAGAGUGCGUCGUGAGCUCGGAGUGUGCUCCCAACCAGGCUUGUCUCAACCAACGCUGCGCCGAUCCCUGCCCCGGCAUCUGUGGCAGUGGAGCCCGCUGCGAGGUGCUCAACCACAACCCGAUUUGCUCGUGUGAACCGAAAUUCGAGGGAGAUCCCUUCGUGGCGUGCUCCCCCAUUCCGGACCCGGGACGCGAAGUCGACGUGCCAAAGAACCCAUGUGUGCCAUCCCCCUGUGGACCGAACUCCAUUUGCCAGAUCAAACAAAACCGACCCGUGUGCUCCUGUGUUGCCAACUACAUUGGCAGUCCGCCCUAUUGCCGGCCAGAGUGUACUCUGAGCAGCGAGUGUCCGGCUGACAAGGCCUGCAUCCAAGAGAAGUGCCAGAGUCCAUGUGCCAAUGUUUGUGGACACAAUGCCCGUUGUACAGUGAUUGCCCAUUCCGCUCACUGUAGCUGCGAUCAGGGCUUCGAAGGAGACGCCUUCAUCGGAUGCUCCAAGACGAAUGUUGAGAAACCUGGAGAUGACUUUGGACCUUGCUAUCCGAAUCCUUGUGCCGAAAACGCAGUGUGCACCCCGCACAACAACGCCGCGCGCUGCAGUUGCAUCGAGCCCUACUUCGGAGAUCCGUACAGCACCGGUUGUCGUCCGGAAUGUAUCCACAACUCGGAGUGCCCCUCCUCACUGGCCUGCAUCAAGCAGCACUGCCGCAACCCGUGCACAGCUGCCUGUGGAGCGAAUGCCGAGUGCGCCGUGGUCAACCACCUGCCCACGUGCAGUUGCACGCGCGGCUUUGAGGGUGAUCCCUUUGUGGGCUGCAAGCGGGUGCCGAUUGUGGGACCAGUCAGCGUGUGUGAGCCAAAUCCCUGCGGACCCAACAGCAUUUGUCGCACGGUGGAGGGACAUCCCACCUGCAGCUGCCAGGUUGGAUACUUCGGAGCUCCGCCGCAAUGCCGGCCGGAGUGUGUGGUCAGCUCAGAGUGCGCCCAGCACCUGACCUGCAUCAACCAGAAGUGUGCCGAUCCUUGUGCCGAAACCUGCGGAUUCAAUGCCAAGUGCCAAGUCAACAACCAUAAUCCCAUUUGCUCUUGUCCACCCAACUACGUUGGUGAUCCGUUCGAACAGUGUGUACCGAAGCCUGCGGAGCCGCCCCGUAAUGUCGAUCCCUGCCUGCCGAGCCCAUGUGGCCCCAAUGCCAAUUGCCGCAAUGUAAACAACCGAGCGGAGUGCUCAUGCGCCGCCGGAAUGUUUGGAGCUCCGCCAAAUUGUCGACCGGAGUGCGUAAUCAAUCAAGACUGUCCUUCGAAUAGGGCCUGCAUCCGCCAGCGAUGCGAGGAUCCUUGCAUUGGCAUUUGUGGUUUCAACGCCUUGUGCUCAACGCAGAACCACCAGCCCAAGUGCAGUUGUAUUGAAGGCUUCGAGGGUGAUCCGUACACCGCCUGCAGGAUGCGAGAGAUUGUGGUGCCAGAUAUACCCUCCGAUCCAUGCUACCCAUCGCCAUGUGGUGCGAAUGCCAUUUGUCGCGUGCGCAACGGUGCCGGCUCCUGUAGCUGCAUCCAGAACUAUUUCGGUGAUCCGUACAUCAACUGCCGUCCGGAGUGCGUGCAGAAUGGCGAUUGCCCCAGCAGCAAAGCCUGCAUCAAUAUGAAAUGCCGCGAUCCCUGCGCGGAUGCCUGUGGAUUCAAUGCCAUCUGUCGGGUGGCCCAUCACCAGGCCGUUUGCAGUUGCGAGCCCGGUUUCACCGGCAAUCCGCUGCGAGCCUGUGUGGAGAGACCAUCAAAUAUGUACCUGCCCCUGCCCAAAGACCCUUGUAGACCCUCGCCUUGUGGGCUGUUCAGCACUUGUCAUGUAGCUGGGGAGCGACCCGUGUGUGCCUGCUUGCCAGACUACAUGGGUGCGCCGCCCAACUGCAAGCCCGAGUGCAGGACCAGUGCUGAGUGCCCCUCGGAUAGGGCCUGCAUAAAUCAGCGGUGCCGCGAUCCCUGCCCCGGAACGUGUGGCUACAAUGCCCGCUGCCGGUGCACCAAUCACUCGCCCAUCUGCAGCUGUUACGACGGGUACACUGGAGAUCCUUUCCAUCAGUGCGUUCCCGAGAGAAAACCAGCACCUGUACCCGAUCCCAUUGUGCCACCGAAUCCCUGCGUACCAUCGCCAUGUGGCCCGAACUCCCAGUGCCAGGUCUCGAGCAGCGGUGCCGUCUGCUCCUGCGUGACCAACUACAUAGGACGUCCCCCGGCAUGUCGACCGGAGUGCAGCAUUAAUUCCGAGUGCCCGGCCAAGAUGGCCUGCGUGAACGCCCGUUGCGCUGAUCCCUGCAUUGGAUCUUGUGGAAAUAAUGCCCUCUGCCACGUCAGCCUCCAUGUGCCGGUUUGCAUGUGCGAGCCUGGCUUUUCCGGGGAUCCGUUCUCCGGUUGCUACAAGAUUAUUGAGAGUAGGUUCUUCCUAGGGACUUUCUUGCCAGCUAGAUACUCAAAUUCUUCCCAUUACCCGUUACCAGCCCCCAUUGAGGUCAUCCAGCCCUGUCACCCUAGUCCGUGCGGCUUGAACGCCUUGUGCGAGGAACGGAAUCAGGCCGCCGCCUGCCGGUGCAUCCCCGAGCACUUUGGUGAUCCGUAUGUGGAGUGUCGCCCCGAGUGCGUCAUCAACUCGGACUGUCCCAGGUCGCGAGCCUGUGUCAACCAGAAGUGCAUCGAUCCGUGUUCGGGAAUGUGCGGCCACAACGCCCUGUGCGCCGUUUUCAAUCACGCCCCCAACUGCGAGUGUCUGCCCGGUUACACGGGUAAUCCCAUAGUGGGUUGUCAUCUAGUACCCGAAACUCCGCGUCUGCCUGAUCCCAUAGUACCCGACAAUCCCUGUCAGCCCUCGCCCUGCGGCCUCUACAGCAACUGUCGUCCUGUGAAUGGUCAUGCAGUCUGCUCCUGUGUGCCCAACUACAUCGGCUCCCCGCCGAACUGCCGGCCCGAGUGCAUGAGCAGCGCGGAGUGCGCCCAGGACAAGUCGUGUCUCAAUGAGCGCUGCAAGGACCCCUGCCCUGGUACUUGCGGCAAUAACGCGCUCUGCCGCGUCGUCAAUCACAAUCCCAUCUGCUCCUGCAGUCCAGGUUACAGCGGCGAUCCCUUCGUGCGCUGCUUCCCGCAAGAGAAGCGGCCCAUCGUCCGCGAGGAUCCUUGUGUGCCCUCGCCCUGCGGGCCCAACUCUCAGUGUCGGGUGUCGGCCGCCAACGAGCAGGCCGUCUGCUCGUGCUUGCAACAUUACGUGGGCAGGGCACCCAACUGCCGUCCGGAGUGCACCUCGGACUCCGAGUGCCCCGGCAAUCUGGCCUGCAUCAAUCUGCGGUGUCGGGAUCCGUGUGUGGGUACAUGCGGCAUCCAAACCACCUGCCUUGUAAAUAAUCACAGACCCAUUUGCCGCUGCAUCGAUGGCUAUGCGGGCGAUCCAUUCUCAGAGUGUAGUCCGAAGAUUAUUGUCCCGCCCGAGGUGGCCCAACCCUGCAAUCCGAGUCCCUGUGGCGCCAAUGCCGUGUGCAAGGAGCGCAAUGGCGUAGGCUCCUGCUCAUGCUUGCCCGAGUACAACGGAGAUCCGUACACCGAGUGUCGUCCGGAGUGUCUGCUGAAUAGCGAUUGCGCCAAGAAUCGUGCCUGCCUGAACAACAAGUGCCGAGAUCCCUGUCCGGGUGUGUGCGGCGUAUCCGCCGAAUGCCACGUAAUCAACCACGCACCGAGCUGUAGUUGCCCCUCCGGAUUCACGGGCAAUCCUUCACAGUUCUGUCGGGAAAUACCAAAAUUGGCCCCGCCUGUUGAGCCCUGCCGUCCCUCGCCAUGCGGUCCUUACAGCCAGUGCCGCGAGGUGAACGGACAUGCGGUCUGCUCCUGCGUCACCAAUUACAUUGGCACUCCGCCCGCCUGUCGUCCGGAGUGCUCGGUCAGUUCCGAGUGCGCCCAAGACAGAGCUUGCGUGAACCAGCGGUGCGUGGACCCAUGUCCGGGCACCUGUGGCCACGAGGCCAUCUGCAAGGUGACCAACCACAACCCGAUUUGCUCGUGUGCUGCCGGCUACAGCGGCGAUCCGUUCGUGCGCUGUUCCCCGUGGCAAGAUGAGCCAGAGCGUCCGAAGGCUAACGAAAAUCCGUGCGUACCCAGUCCUUGCGGUCGCAACUCCCAGUGCCGUGUCGUGGGUGAGACGGGCGUCUGCUCCUGCUUGCCCAAUUUCGUUGGCCGUGCGCCCAACUGCCGACCAGAGUGUACGCUGAACACUGAGUGUCCAGCCACUCUGGCCUGCAUUAAUGAGCGCUGCCAGGAUCCUUGUCCGGGAUCCUGCGGCUUCAAUGCCUACUGCAACGUGGUGAACCACUCGCCCGUCUGCUCUUGCGACAAUGGCUUCACUGGUGAUCCGUUCUCCGGAUGCAAUCCCCAACCUCUGCCCGAACCCGACGAGCGCCUUACUCCCUGUCAGCCAUCGCCCUGCGGCCCCAAUGCUGAGUGCCGUGAACGCAACGGCGCCGGCUCCUGUACGUGCCAGCCGGGCUACUUCGGCGAUCCGUACAGCGGCUGUCGUCCAGAGUGCGUGGUGAACAGUGAUUGCUCGCGCGACAAGUCCUGCGUCAACCAGAAAUGCGUGGACCCCUGUCCUGGCGUUUGUGGCUUGAAUGCCGAGUGUCGUGUGUCCAAUCACCUACCCAGCUGCACGUGUCUGGCCGGCUACACCGGAAACCCGUCGAGUGCUUGUCGUGAAAUUCCCCAGUUACCCCCACCACCCGAGCGAGAUGAACACCCUUGCCAGCCCUCGCCCUGCGGUCCCUACAGUCAGUGUCGGGAGAUCAACGGCCAUGCCGUCUGCUCCUGCCAGCAGGGCUUCAUCGGAUCGGCUCCCAACUGCCGGCCCGAGUGCAUCAUUAGCUCCGACUGCGCCCAAGAUCUCAAUUGCCAGAACCAGAAGUGCGUGGACCCGUGUCCGGGCACUUGUGGUAUCGAGGCGCGCUGCCAGGUUAUUAAUCACUAUCCCGCAUGCUCCUGUGGCCCAGGUUUUACCGGAGAUCCCUUCAACCGAUGCACUAAGAUUAUAUUGGAGCCCCCACCCGCCGAAAAGUCCGGCAAUCCCUGCGUACCCUCACCAUGUGGACCCAACUCGAAAUGCAUCGAUGUCCGCGGGUCCCCUGCAUGCUCCUGCCUGCCGGACUACCUCGGCCGUCCGCCCAACUGCCGGCCCGAGUGCCUCAGCAGUGCCGACUGUCCGGCCAACUUGGCCUGCGUGAACCAGCGCUGCACCAACCCGUGCAUCGGUGCCUGUGGCCUGCACUCCGUGUGCACAGCCAUCAAGCACCGGCCGACGUGCGAGUGUGUGCCUGGUUACACCGGAGAUCCCUUCUCCGGCUGUGCGAUUGUGCAGCAAAUUUCACCCACGGAGGAGCCUCGCAAUCCCUGCAACCCUAGCCCAUGUGGAGCCAAUGCCAUUUGCCGAGAGCGCAAUGGAGCCGGCUCCUGUGCCUGUUUGCCGGAAUACUUUGGAGAUCCGUACAGCGGUUGCCGACCGGAAUGUGUCCAGAACGAUGACUGCGAUCGGUCGAGGGCCUGCAUCCGCAACAAGUGCCAGGACCCUUGCCCUGGAGCCUGUGGCAUCAAUGCUGAGUGCCGUGUUCUGAACCAUGGUCCCAACUGCAACUGCUUCGAAGGCUACACCGGCGAUCCACAUCGCUCGUGCUCGCUCAUCGAGGUAGUGACCCGUCGUCCGGAGAAUCCUUGCCAGCCGUCCCCCUGCGGCCCGUACAGCCAGUGCCAAAACACCAACAGCCAUGCGGUGUGCAGCUGCGUGGAGGGCUACAUCGGUGCCCCGCCCAGCUGCAAGCCGGAGUGUGUGGUCAGCUCGGAGUGCCCCCAGAAUCGUGCCUGCAUUAACCAGAAGUGCGAGGAUCCGUGCCGAGGUGCCUGUGGCAACAACGCCAAGUGCCAGGUGGUGAACCACAACCCCAUCUGCAGUUGCCAGCCUGGCAUGACCGGAGAUCCCAUAUCCGGAUGUAUACCCACCAAGGAGGAGAAGAGUUCCGACAACCCAUGUGUGCCGUCGCCUUGUGGACCGAACUCCGUGUGCCGCGAGAUCGGCAACCAGGCAGCCUGCUCCUGCCAGACCAACUUUAUUGGAAGACCACCGAACUGCCGACCGGAGUGCACCAACAACGACGAGUGCCAAAACCAUCUGUCCUGCCAGCAGGAGCGAUGUGUGGACCCUUGUCCAGGAUCGUGCGGCAGCAACGCCAUCUGCCAGGUGGUGCAGCACAACGCUGUCUGCUCCUGCGCCGAUGGGUAUGAGGGUGAUCCGCUUUUCGGUUGCGAGCUGAUUCGCGCCGUUGUCCCCACUGAGCCGCCAACCUCUCCGUGCGAACCUUCUCCUUGCGGACCGCAUGCCGAGUGCCGUGAGAGAAACGGAGCCGGAGCCUGCUACUGCCAUGACGGAUUCGAGGGAAAUCCCUACGAUGCCCAGCGAGGAUGCCGACGCGAAUGCGAGGACAACGAUGACUGCUCGCCUGCCCAGGCCUGCGUGCGAUUCAAGUGCGUUGAUCCCUGCGACAACAUCUGCGGCGAGUAUGCCAUCUGCACGGUGGAGAAACAUGUGCCCACUUGUGACUGCCCGCCGGGAUACACUGGAGAUCCGUUCUUCAGCUGCAAACCGGUGCCGGUGACGCCACGACCACCCCUGAACCCGUGCAACCCCUCGCCAUGUGGCCCCAACAGCAACUGCCGCGCCAUGAACAACCAGGCCGUGUGCUCCUGCCAAUCUGGAUUCGUCAACCAGCCGCCCAACUGCCGACCUGAGUGCGUGGUGAGCGCCGAGUGUGCUCCGGAACGUGCUUGCGUCAACAAGAAAUGCGUGGAUCCUUGCCUUCACACCUGCGGCAUUCGGGCCAUCUGUACCACCAAGAACCACAGCCCCAUCUGCACGUGCCCGCGCGGUAUGACCGGAGAUCCAUUUGUCCAGUGUACUAAAGUUGCCAUUGUAAAUGACGCGACAACACCUUCACCGCCACCAGCUUCGUGUGUUCCAUCGCCCUGUGGACCCAACGCCAAGUGCCAGAUCGUGGGAAACAGCCCGGCCUGUUCCUGCCUGCCAAACUAUAUUGGAGCUCCGCCACGCUGUCGCCCGGAGUGUGUUCUCAACUCGGAGUGCGGUCCCACCGAGGCGUGCAUCAACCAAAAGUGUGGUGAUCCUUGCUCCGGAUCCUGCGGCUUUGAAGCCAAGUGCCAUGUGUUGAACCACUUGCCUAUUUGCAACUGCAUUGAGGGCUACGAGGGUGAUCCGUUCGUGCGAUGCACCAAGAAACCAGAACAGAAGACGCCUGUGGUAACGGAUCCAUGCAACCCCAACCCAUGCGGACCCAAUGCCGAUUGCUUCAACGGAGAGUGCCGUUGCCAGAACAACUACCAAGGAAAUCCCUUCGAGGGCUGCCGACCAGAGUGCACCCUUUCGGCCGACUGUCCCCGCGACAAGGCCUGCGUGCGAAACCGCUGCGUGGACCCCUGCCCUGGCAUUUGUGGCAACAACGCCGUUUGCGAAGUGCUCAACCACAUCCCGGUCUGCUCCUGUCUCCAGGGAUACGAAGGAGAUCCGUUCACCAACUGCCGCGUGAAGCCCGUUGUGGAGGAUCCCAUUGUGGAGGCUUGCAACCCAUCGCCCUGCGGCGCCAACAGCCAAUGCCGAGACGUUAAUGGACAUGCCGUAUGCUCCUGCCUGUCAGGAUACAUUGGAGCUCCGCCUCAGUGUCGACCAGAGUGUGUGGUGUCCAGCGAGUGUUCCGCUCUUCAAGCCUGUGUCAACAAGAAGUGCGUUGAUCCUUGUGCCGCAGCUUGCGGCCUGGAGGCCCGCUGCGAGGUGAUUAACCACAGCCCCAUCUGCGGCUGUCCACCCGGGCGAACAGGUGAUCCGUUCAAGCAAUGUGUGGAGAUUCCCAUCACGCCGGAGGUUAAAGAAACGCCUCAGGAUCCCUGCUCACCCUCGCCCUGCGGACCCAACUCCAUUUGCAAGCCAGACAAGAGCGGACCCGUUUGCCAGUGCCAGCCGGAGUUCUUCGGCUCGCCCCCCAACUGCCGUCCCGAGUGCAUCAUCAAUCCGGAUUGUCAGUCCACACAGGCGUGCAUCAACAACAAGUGUCGCGACCCCUGUCCAGGAUCGUGCGGUACCAACGCCGAUUGCAGGGUUAUCGGACACACUGUUUCUUGCUCCUGCCCGCCAGGAUUCGCCGGCAAUGCCUUUGUGCAGUGUGUGCCUCAGGAGAAGGAGCCUGUGAAGCCUUGCCAGCCAUCACCGUGCGGACCGAACGCCGACUGCAUCGAGCGGAACGGAGCCGCAGCCUGCAAGUGCAUCGACGAGUACCAGGGCAACCCCUACGAGGGCUGCCGACCGGAGUGUGUCCUCAGCUCGGACUGUCCGACGGACAAGGCCUGCAUCCGCAACAAGUGCCAAGACCCUUGCCCUGGAAUCUGCGGCCUGAACGCCCAAUGCUUUGCCGUGAACCAUGUGCCCAAUUGCGUCUGUAACGAUGGCUUCACUGGCGAUCCGUUCGCCAGCUGCCGACGAGUGGAGGUAACCACUCCUCCACCGGUAUCCGAUCCUUGUCAGCCAUCGCCUUGCGGAGCCAACAGCAAAUGCCGUGUGGCCAACGGUCUGGCCGUGUGCUCAUGCCUGGACACCUUUGUGGGUGCUCCGCCGAACUGCAAGCCGGAGUGCACGGUCAAUGCCGAAUGUCCUUCCAACAAGGCCUGCCACAAAUUCCGUUGCGCCAAUCCGUGUGCCAACACUUGUGGCCUGAAUGCCAAGUGCGAGGUUCGCAACCACAACCCCAUCUGCAGCUGUCCUUCUGAUAUGACGGGUGAUCCGUUUGCCCGCUGCUAUCCAGCACCCGCUCCGACACCAGUGCCCAAGGACGUGCCCGUGGCCAAGAGACCCUGCCAGCCAUCGCCAUGCGGAUUGUAUUCCGAGUGCCGAGUGCGCGACGAACAGGCCUCCUGCUCCUGUCUACCCAACUACAUUGGAGCGCCACCGAACUGCCGACCCGAGUGCAUUGUGAACACGGACUGUGCCUCGGACAGAGCCUGCAUCGCCGAGAAGUGUCGCGAUCCUUGCGAUGGCUCCUGCGGUGUCAACUCCGAGUGCCGCAUCCAGAACCAUCUUGCCAUCUGCACUUGCCGCGGAGGAUUCACUGGCGAUCCGUUCGUCCAGUGCGUGGAGAUUAUCGAAACGUCCACCAAAUCGCCGCCACUCAGUGCAGAUCCUUGCGACCUGCAGCCUUGCGGAGCCAAUGCCCAAUGCAGGAACGGAAUCUGCAGUUGCCUGCAGGACUACCACGGCGACCCGUACACCGGCUGCCGCCCAGAAUGUACUUUGAGCACCGAUUGCCCGGCCACCAAGGCCUGCCUGAACAAGAAGUGCGUGGAUCCUUGCCCAGGAGUUUGCGGACAGAACUCGCAGUGCGAUGUCUCCAACCACAUACCCAUUUGCAGUUGCCUGCAAGGCUACACUGGCGAUCCGUUCGUCCACUGUCGCCAAGAGACACCAGUGCCAAAGGACCCAUGUCAGCCAAACCCAUGCGGACCGAACAGCUUGUGCCACGUCUCGGCCCAAGGUCCAGUGUGUGCCUGCCAAGCGGGCAUGCUGGGAUCCCCGCCAGCCUGCAAGCCGGAGUGCAUAGUUAGUUCCGAAUGUUCGCUGCAGACGGCCUGUGUCAAUAGGAAGUGCGUCGAUCCCUGCCCGGGAGCCUGUGGACAGUUCGCCCGCUGCCAGGUGAUCAACCACAAUCCGUCCUGCUCUUGCAACACGGGCUACACCGGUGAUCCGUUCACACGCUGCUACCAGGAGGAGCGAAAGCCACCACCAACCCCGGAUAAUCCCUGCCAACCAUCGCCCUGCGGCCCCAACUCCGAGUGCAAGGUCCUCAAUGGUAACGCGGCCUGUUCGUGUGCCGCCACCUUCAUUGGAACGCCGCCCAGCUGCCGACCAGAGUGCUCCAUCAAUCCGGAAUGCCCGCCCACCAAGGCCUGUAUUCGUCAGAAGUGCUCGAACCCGUGUGUCAAUGCCUGCGGCUUCAAUGCCCGCUGUAAUGUGGCCAAUCACCAACCCAUCUGCACAUGCGAUGUGGGCUACACAGGAGAUCCGUUCACCGGCUGUCAAAAGGAGCAAGAACGCAUAGUUAACGAGCAGGUGACCCCCUGCGAACCCAAUCCCUGCGGCUCGAAUGCUGUAUGCCGUGAGAGGAAUGGCAUCGGCUCCUGCCAGUGUCUGCCCGACCAUUUCGGCGAUCCGUAUCAGUCGUGUCGCCCGGAAUGUGUCCGCAACUCGGACUGCCCCUCGAACAAGGCCUGCCAGCAGCAGAAGUGUCGCGACCCCUGCCCCGGCACCUGUGGCACCAACGCAGACUGCAGUGUCACCAACCACCUGCCCACCUGUAUAUGCCGUCCUGGAUACAUUGGCGAUCCGUACCGCUACUGCCACGUGGAACCAGCCCAGCCGAUCCGUCAAGCCGAACCCACUCAACCGUGUCGUCCCUCGCCCUGCGGUCCCAAUUCCCAAUGUCGCGAACUCAACGGCCAAGCUGUGUGCUCCUGCCUGGAGCUCCAUGUAGGUCUGCCUCCCAACUGCCGGCCCGAGUGCGUGCUGAGCACAGAGUGCCCCACCGACAAGGCUUGCAUCAGUCAACGUUGUCAGGAUCCUUGUCCUGGCACUUGCGGCAUUAACGCCGAGUGCCGGGUUCGUAACCACAGCCCUCUUUGCCAGUGUCGUCCAGGCUUCACUGGCGACUCCUUCACUCGUUGUUAUGCUCUCCCACCUCCGCCGCCCGAAAUUAAGGAAGUUUCGCGAGAUCCUUGUCUACCAUCGCCAUGCGGACUAAACAGCCAGUGCCGCAAUAUACAGGGUGUGCCGUCCUGCUCCUGUCUACCGGAGUUCCUUGGAGCCCCGCCCAACUGUCGACCCGAGUGUACCAUUAGUGCCGAGUGCGCCUCCAAUCUGGCAUGUAUCCGCGAGAAAUGCAUCGAUCCGUGCCCAGGCUCCUGUGGCUAUGCUGCCGAGUGUAAUGUGGUGAACCACACGCCCAUUUGCGUGUGUCCGGCUGGCUUUACGGGUGAUCCGUUUAGUAGUUGCCGCCUGGCACCACCCGAGCCCGUACUAAAUGAGUAUGUCGAUCCCUGCAAUCCAUCGCCUUGUGGUGCCAAUGCCCAGUGCAAUGGAGGUUCCUGUACUUGUCUCCCUGAAUUUCACGGCGAUCCCUACUCUGGCUGCCGGCCAGAGUGCGUCCUCAACUCGGACUGUUCCAGGGACAAGGCCUGCCUGCGCAGCAAGUGCCUGAACCCCUGUCCGGGCACUUGCGGUGAGAAUGCCAUCUGCGAUGUCAUCAACCACAUACCCAUGUGUAGAUGUCCGGAUGGUACUGCUGGCAGCGCCUUCAUCCGCUGCUCUCCGGUGCACAUUUCACUUGUGACCAAUCCUUGCCGACCGUCUCCCUGUGGUCCCAACUCCCAGUGCCGUGAGGUCAACCAGCAGGCCGUUUGCUCCUGCUUGCCAAGCUUUAUAGGCGCCCCACCAUCCUGCCGGCCGGAAUGCACCUCCAAUGCCGAGUGUGCCCCCACCCAGGCGUGUCUCAAUCAACGGUGCGGAGAUCCCUGCCCCGGAACCUGCGGAGUGGGUGCCAACUGUGCUGUGGUCAGCCACAGUCCCUUCUGCACUUGUCCCGAGAGGUUCACGGGUAAUCCGUUCAUUCGUUGCCAGCCGCAAAUUGAACCCGUUCGCGAUGUUGUACCCACUGAUCCGUGCCGCCCUUCGCCGUGUGGACCUUACUCCCAGUGUCGUCCGGUUGGGGAAGCCCCCGCCUGUUCCUGUUUGGAGACCUACAUAGGCCGUCCACCCAAUUGCAGACCGGAAUGUGUAACCAGCUCGGAUUGUUCCAGUCAGUUGGCCUGCGUGAACCAGAAGUGCGUCGACCCGUGUCCAGGACGCUGUGGUCUGAACGCCGAGUGCCGUGUAGUUAGUCAUGCCCUCCAGUGCAUCUGCCAGCAAGGAUUCACGGGUGAUCCGUUCGUGCAAUGCAACCCGGAAAUCAUCCGGGACAUUGAAAUCCGCACCCCCUGCAGCCCAAGUCCAUGUGGAACCAAUGCAGUUUGCCGCGAUCGCAAUGGAGUCGGAUCCUGCCAAUGUCUGCCGCAGUACUUCGGAGACCCGUACGAAGGAUGCCGCCCGGAGUGCAUGCUGGACUCGGACUGUCCAUCGAACAGAGCCUGCCAGCAGUUGAAGUGCCAAGAUCCCUGCCCUGGAACCUGUGGACUGAACGCCAAUUGCCAAGUGGUCAACCAUCUGCCCACUUGCAGUUGCAUAGUUGGCUUUGUGGGAGAUCCAUAUCGCCAGUGCAACCGGCUGCCGGAACCCCCUCAAAACGAGUACGUUAACCCAUGCCAGCCCAAUCCCUGUGGCCCCAACUCUCAGUGUCGCGUUUCCAAUGAGCAAGCAGUGUGCUCCUGUUUGCCACAGUUUGUGGGAACACCGCCUUCCUGCCGACCUGAGUGCACCAUCUCCUCGGAGUGCUCGGCCGACAAGGCGUGUGUUAACCAGAAGUGCGUAGAUCCCUGUGCGGCGGAUAUUUGUGGCAACAAUGCCGUGUGCAGGGUGCGAAACCACAGUCCCAUCUGCAGCUGCCUCAGCGGUUACACAGGCGAUGCCUUCACUCGUUGUUUCCCCAUUCCACCGCCUCCUGUUGAGAUCAAAAACGAGCCCCUGCGAGAUCCUUGUGUGCCAACCCCUUGUGGACCCAACUCCGAGUGCCGUAAUAUCAACGGUGUGCCGGCUUGCUCCUGUCUGGCUAGCUUUAUCGGCCAGGCGCCCAACUGUCGUCCGGAAUGUACCAUCAACUCGGAGUGCCCCAGCCAGUUGGCGUGCAUUAACCAGAAGUGCCGCGAUCCCUGCCCCGGAGCUUGCGGCUUGAAUGCCGUCUGCAGUGUCAUCAACCAUACGCCGCUCUGCGCCUGCCUCGAGGGUUAUAUCGGUAAUCCCUUCACGAACUGCAAUCCCAAGCCCCCAGAACCCACAACGCCUCCAGUUGCCGACGAUCCCUGCAAUCCAUCCCCUUGUGGAGCCAACGCCUUGUGCCGUAAUGGACAGUGCUCGUGCAUACCCGAGCAUCAAGGAGAUCCGUAUGUCUCGUGUCGCCCGGAGUGCGUGUUGAACACGGACUGCCCCAGAGAUCGCGCCUGUGUGCGCAACAAGUGCAUCGAUCCUUGCCCCGGAACUUGUGGCGUUAAUGCUUUGUGCGAAGUUACCAACCACAUUCCCAUCUGCCGCUGUCCGGAGCAAAUGUCCGGCAAUGCCUUCUUCGAAUGCCGGCCCGUGCCGCCAGCCAAAAUCCAGGAUCCCUGUCGACCAUCGCCUUGUGGACCGAACAGUCAGUGUCGGGUGGUGCAGCAGACUGCGGUCUGCUCCUGCCUGGCCGACUAUGUCGGCAGCCCGCCGCGAUGCCGCCCGGAGUGUGUCACCAACUCUGACUGUCCUGCCGACCAGGCUUGCCAAAAUAUGAAGUGUCGCGAUCCUUGCCCUGGCACCUGUGGCUUCAACGCCCUUUGCAACGUCGUCAAUCACAGUCCCUUCUGCAGCUGCCCCACUGGCAUGACUGGCAAUCCAUUCGUGCGCUGUGAACAGCUAAUAAUACGAGACGAGAAACCUCAGAAUCCUUGCGUGCCUUCGCCAUGUGGUCCCAAUUCUGAGUGUCGGGUAUCGGGUGACUCUCCAUCAUGCUCCUGUCUGCCGGAAUUCGUAGGUGCUCCACCAAAUUGCCGCCCUGAGUGCAUCUCCAACUCGGAGUGUCCCACCAAUCAAGCGUGCAUCAAUCAAAAAUGCUCGGAUCCUUGCCCAGGACUUUGUGGUCAAAAUGCCAACUGCCGGGUUUUCAGUCACACUGCCAUGUGCUUGUGCGACGGCGGCUUCACUGGCGAUCCGUUCAGUCAGUGCAGUCCCAUUAGGGAUACCCCGGUGGAGGUUCUGCAGCCGUGCAACCCCAGCCCUUGCGGCGUAAAUGCCAAGUGCGAUGAGCGUGGUGGUGCAGGGUCUUGUCAGUGUCUGCCUGAUUAUUUCGGAAACCCCUAUGAUGGCUGCCGUCCCGAGUGCGUUCUGAACUCUGACUGCCCGUCGAAUCUGGCGUGUGUGAACCAGAAAUGCCGUGACCCUUGUCCCGGUACCUGUGGCCAGAACGCUGAGUGCCAAGUGGUCAACCACCUGGCCACUUGCAAUUGCUUGACAGGCUUCAACGGAGACCCAUACAGCGUCUGUCGCAUCGUAGUCAACGAACCACCUGUUCCUGUUUACGUAAAUCCUUGUCAGCCUUCUCCCUGCGGCCCCAACUCCCAAUGUCGGGAGAUCAACGAACAAGCCGUUUGCUCCUGCCUGGCCGAGUUCAUUGGCAGCCCGCCUGCCUGUCGUCCGGAAUGCACCAGUAGCUCUGAAUGUCCUGCCGACAAGGCCUGUGUGAACCGCAAGUGCGUGGAUCCCUGUCCAAAUGUUUGCGGUCAGCAGGCCGAGUGCCGUGUCCGCAACCACAAUCCCAUUUGCACCUGUAUUAGUGGAUUUACUGGCGAUCCGUUCACGCGUUGUUACCGUCAGCCGCCUCCUCCACCAGUGGUUAAUGAACCCACCGACCCCUGUGUUCCCUCGCCUUGCGGGGCUAAUUCCCAGUGUCGUGAGAUUCAUGGUACACCUUCCUGCUCGUGUCUGCCCCAGUUUCUGGGUACACCACCCAACUGUCGUCCCGAGUGUUCCAUCAACGCUGAGUGCCCGAGCCAUCAGGCGUGCAUUAAUCAAAAGUGCCGCGACCCUUGCCCCGGAUCCUGUGGCCUCAACACCCAGUGCAAUGUCAUCAACCACACCCCAAUCUGCAGUUGUCUGACGGGCUACAUCGGUGAUCCGUUCAGCGUUUGCAAUCCCGAACCACCAGCUAAGAUCCAAGAUCCAUUGCCGCCUGAGGACCCGUGUUACCCCUCGCCUUGUGGCUCUAACGCGCAAUGCAACAACGGAAUAUGUUCGUGUCUGCCGGAAUAUCACGGUGACCCAUACACCGGAUGCCGUCCGGAGUGUGUCCUGCACACGGACUGUGAUCGCAGCCGAGCUUGUGUCCGCCACAAGUGUGUCGAUCCCUGUCCCGGAAUUUGUGGCUCCAAUGCGAUUUGUGAGGUCCUUAACCACAUCCCCAACUGCCGUUGUCCAGAGGGAAUGCAAGGCAAUGCCUUUGUUCAGUGUAGCCCAGUGCCACAGCUCGACGUUGUGCAGAACCCUUGUCAACCUUCCCCAUGCGGACCCAACUCCCAGUGCCGCGUCAUCAACCAGCAGGCCAUUUGCUCUUGUAUCACGCCCUUCAUCGGAAGUCCACCAUUCUGUCGACCUGAAUGCACCACCAACUCAGAGUGCCCGUUGAACUUGGCCUGUCUCAACCAGAAGUGCGGUGAUCCCUGUCCAGGCGUUUGUGGCCGCAACGCCCAAUGCCAUGUGACGAACCACAGUCCAUUCUGUCGCUGCUUGGAGCGUCACACGGGAAAUCCCUUCGUGAGCUGCCAGCUGAUCAUCGAACCGCCAGUGCCACCACCAAGGCAGACAUGUCUGCCAUCACCGUGCGGACCUUAUUCCCAGUGCCGUGAGGUCAACGAGUCACCGUCCUGCACUUGCCUGCAGGACUACAUUGGAGUUCCUCCAAACUGCAGACCCGAAUGUGUGACUAGCUCGGAGUGCCCAACUAGCCAGGCCUGCAUACAGCAAAAGUGUCGCGAUCCUUGCCCAGGACUUUGUGGCCAGUCGGCGAUCUGUCGCGUCAUCUCCCACACUCCCAGCUGCAUCUGCCCCGAGGGCAUGGAGGGUGAUCCGUUUACUCUGUGCACCGAAAAGAGGAUUCAGCAACUGGACCAGUUGGAUCCCUGCAAUCCCAGCCCUUGUGGAGUCAAUGCCCGUUGUACGUCCCGCCAGGAUGCAGGCUCUUGUCAGUGCUUGCCAGAAUACUUUGGCAAUCCCUAUGAGGGAUGCCGCCCUGAAUGCAUCCUCAAUUCGGACUGCCCCUCCAACAAGGCUUGCCAGCAGCAAAAGUGCCAGGAUCCUUGUCCGGGAACUUGUGGUCAGAAUGCCUUGUGCAAUGUUCUCAACCACGUUCCCACUUGUAGUUGCAUAACUGGCUAUUCCGGUGACCCGUAUCGGUUGUGUAUCCCAGAACGACAACCCAUCAAGGAGUAUGUUAAUCCUUGCCAGCCAUCUCCGUGCGGCCCCAACUCUCAGUGCCGUGAGAGUAACGAACAGGCCGUGUGCUCGUGUCUUCCCGAGUAUGUGGGUGCCCCGCCUGCGUGUCGUCCCGAGUGCACCAUCUCCUCGGAAUGUUCUCUCGACAAGGCAUGUGUUGGCCAGAAAUGCAUCGACCCCUGUCCAAAUACCUGCGGAGAUCAAGCCACCUGUCGGGUGGUUAAUCACAGUCCCAUUUGUACAUGUCGCGCCGGCUAUACGGGCGACGCCUUCUUGCGCUGUUUCCCCGUGCCUCCUGUUCCACCUCCGGCCGUCCAAAAGACUCCAGUUGAUCCCUGUGUUCCCUCUCCAUGCGGCCCCUACUCCCAAUGCCGGGCUCAAGGGGAUGCUCCGGCUUGUUCCUGCUUAGUUGGCUAUCUGGGAGCUCCUCCCAAUUGCCGACCUGAAUGCCGAAUCAACGCUGAGUGCCCCAGCAGCCAGGCGUGCAUCAAUGAGAAGUGUAGGGAUCCCUGCCCCGGCUCCUGUGGCUAUGGCGCCAUAUGUAGUGUGAUUAACCACACGCCUAGCUGCAUCUGUCCGGCAGGGUACACGGGUGAUCCGUUCACCCAAUGCCAGCCCCAGCCACCACCGCCGCCGACACCCGUCAAGCUCGAUGAUCCGUGCAACCCCUCUCCCUGCGGUCCCAAUGCCCAGUGCAACAACGGAUUAUGCACAUGCAUUCCUGAGUACCAUGGCGACCCGUACAGUGGCUGCCGACCCGAGUGCAUCACCAGCCUGGACUGCGCCCGCAACUUGGCUUGUGCGCGCCACAAAUGCUUCGAUCCCUGCCCCGGAACCUGUGCCCCCAAUGCCAUCUGCUCGGUCAUCAACCACGUGCCCAUGUGCACAUGCCCAGAGGGCUAUGCCGGCAACGCGUUCGUUCAGUGUCAACCCAUACCACCCCCAGCCGUUGUCCAGCCCUGCCAACCCUCUCCAUGUGGACCCAAUUCUCAGUGCAGGGAGGUCAACCAACAGGCCGUUUGCUCCUGUGUGUCGGGAUACAUUGGCACGCCGCCGCUUUGUCGUCCGGAGUGCACCUCCAACUCGGAGUGCCAGCCGCGCCUGGCCUGCGUGAACCAGAAGUGUGUGGAUCCUUGCCCCGGAUCUUGUGGACGCAAUGCCCAGUGCAGUGUGGUCAACCACAAUCCGUUCUGUACCUGCCUCCCGCGCUACACUGGUAAUCCCUUCGUAGGCUGCCAGCAGAACAUCGAACCACCGCAGCAGGACAUCGUUCCUCAGGAUCCCUGCCGUCCGUCACCUUGUGGUCCCAACUCAGAAUGCCGAGCCGUUGGUGAGACUCCAACUUGCACCUGCCUGGCUGAUUUUGUUGGCUCUCCGCCGUAUUGCAAGCCGGAGUGCGUUGCCAACUCGGAGUGUCCAUCCCACCUGGCGUGCAUCAACCAAAAAUGUAAGGAUCCCUGCCCAGGACUAUGCGGCAUCAGUGCCAUCUGUCGUGUGGUCUCCCACACGGCAAUGUGCAUUUGCGAUGCGGGUCUCACCGGAGAUCCGUUCACCCAAUGCCAGCCUAUUGUGGCCGAUGUGGAGAUCAUCAAUCCGUGCCAGCCCUCACCUUGCGGCGCUAAUGCGGAGUGCAUCCAACGGAACGGAGCUGGAGCCUGUCAGUGCCUCACGGACUAUUUCGGCAACCCAUAUGAAGGCUGUCGUCCGGAGUGCGUAUUGAACUCGGAUUGCCCGUCGAACAGGGCCUGCCAGCAGCAAAAGUGCCGCGAUCCCUGCCCCGGAAGCUGUGGACAGAACGCCGAAUGCAAUGUGGUGAACCAUACGCCCAUGUGCAACUGCUUCCCAGGAUACAUUGGCGAUCCGUAUCGCUACUGCAGCCAACCGCCAGAACCUAUUGUCCAUGAGUACGUGAAUCCCUGUCAACCCUCGCCCUGUGGCCCGAACUCCAACUGUCGCGAGAUAAACGAGCAGGCCGUCUGCUCGUGCCAAGCUGAGUUCGAAGGAGCCCCACCCAACUGCCGACCCCAGUGCACCUCGAGUUCUGACUGCCCCGCCACCAGGGCCUGCAUCAACUACAAGUGUGUUGAUCCAUGUCCCGGGGUGUGUGGCCAGCAAGCAAUUUGCGAGGUGCGCAACCACAGUCCCAUUUGCAGGUGUCCCACAGGCAUGACGGGAGAUCCCUUCGUGCGCUGUUUACCCCGACCGACAAGUAAGGAAAAGGAGAACCCGCCAGAGUUACCCAAACCUAACCCACUCUACCCCACGUCAGUUCCCCCGCCGCCCUUGAGAGAUGUUGCUCCCUACCGUGAUCCCUGCGUACCCUCCCCUUGUGGUCUCUACUCCUCCUGCAGAAAUUAUCAGGACCAGGCCGUUUGCUCUUGCCUGCCCAACUACUAUGGCACUCCGCCGCGUUGUCGACCCGAGUGUACCAUUAAUGCGGAGUGUCCUAGCCACUUGGCUUGCAUAAGCGAACGCUGCCGUGAUCCUUGUCCUGGUGCCUGCGGUCAGCAGACCGAGUGCCGAGUUAUCAGUCACGUUCCCAGUUGCGUCUGCUUGCGAGGCUAUGUGGGCGAUGCCUUCUUAGCCUGCCACCCAGCACCACCCCCACCCGCCCGCGAAGAGCCCCAUGAUCCUUGCAACCCCAGUCCAUGUGGUAACAAUGCCAUCUGCUCCAAUCAGGGAGAGUGCACUUGCCUGGCCGAGUAUCUGGGCGAUCCGUACGUGGCCUGCAGGCCGGAGUGUGUACUGAGUUCGGAGUGCCCGCGAAACCUGGCUUGUGUGAAUCAGAAGUGUACUGAUCCUUGUCCCGGAACCUGUGGUAUCAGCGCCGUCUGCGAUGUGUUCAACCACAUCGCCAUGUGCCAUUGCCCUGAAAGAAUGACCGGCAAUGCCUUUGUCCAAUGUGUUCCAGUUCAAUUGGAUGUCUACCGCAAUCCUUGUAACCCCUCGCCCUGUGGCUCCUAUGCCGAGUGUAGGGAGCAGAACGGCCAGGCCGUUUGCUCCUGCCUCCCCAACUACUUCGGUGUGCCGCCAUCCUGCCGGCCAGAGUGCAGCACAAACUAUAAUUGUGCUCCCAGCUUGGCCUGCCAGAACCAGAGAUGCGUGGAUCCCUGUCCGGGAUCCUGUGGGGCAUAUGCCCAGUGCCGAACUGUUGGUCACAAUCCCUUCUGUACUUGCCGUGCAGGUUAUACCGGCAAUCCCUUGAUACAAUGCCACCAGAUUAUUGAGCCCCAGCGCGAUGUUGCAGUCCAAGACCCGUGUCAGCCGUCCCCCUGCGGGCCGAACAGCGAGUGCCGCCGCGUAGGAGACACGCCUUCCUGCUCCUGCUUGCCAAACUUCUUCGGUACUCCACCCAACUGCCGGCCCGAAUGCGUUUCCAACUCGGAGUGUAGCCAGGCACUUGUGUGCGUGAAUAAUCGUUGCCAAGAUCCAUGUCCGGGUCUGUGCGGCUCGUUUGCAACGUGCCGAGUGAUUAGCCACAGUGCCAUGUGCUACUGCCAGCCAGGAUACAGCGGCGAUCCUUUCGUUAGCUGCUCACCAGUUCAAAGAGAACCGGUGGAGAUUGCCCAGCCCUGCCAUCCAAAUCCCUGCGGCUUAUUCGCCGAGUGCCGGCAACAGAAUGGAGUCGGCUCCUGUCAGUGCCUCCCAGAAUACUUCGGUAAUCCCUACGAGGCCUGUCGCCCAGAGUGCGUGAUCGACUAUGAUUGCCCCUCGCAUCUCGCGUGUGUGAACCAGAAGUGCCGCGAUCCCUGCCCGGGUAGCUGUGGCCAGAACGCCGAAUGUUUUGUGCGCAACCACCUCCCCACCUGUAACUGCCUUAGCGGCUAUGUGGGCGACCCGUACCGUUAUUGCAACAUCGAACCGAAACCUGUUCGGGAGUACGUUAACCCGUGUCAACCCUCACCCUGCGGACCAAACUCUCAGUGUCGCGAACAGAAUGGCGUGGCAACCUGCUCCUGCCUUCCGGAGUACGUUGGUAGCCCGCCCGGCUGUCGUCCUGAGUGCACGGUCUCCGCGGAAUGUAGUUUCGACAAGGCUUGUGUCCGUCACAAGUGCAUCGAUCCCUGCCCUGGCGCAUGCGGCAGUUUCGCAACUUGCCACGUGGGCAACCACGCCCCGCUCUGCACUUGCCAGGCGGGAUACACAGGAGAUCCCUUCACGCGUUGCUAUCCCGUACCCCCCCCUCCAACACACAUCCUCCACGAUAUCGUGCGAGAUCCUUGCCAGCCAUCGCCCUGCGGGGCCAACGCUCAGUGUCGAGAAUCCCAGGGCCAGGCCAUCUGCUCCUGCUUACCCAACUACUUUGGGGUGCCGCCCCAUUGUCGUCCAGAGUGUACGCAGAGCUCGGAGUGCUUGCCCAGCCUGGCUUGCAUCAACCAGCGAUGCGCCGAUCCCUGCCCUGGUUCAUGUGCCUACAAUGCCAUUUGCAGCGUCCGCAACCAUGUGCCUAGUUGCCAGUGUCCCGUGGGCUACGUCGGUGAUCCGUUCACCAACUGCCGGCCCCAACCGCCGCCACCACCCGAGCCCAUUGCUUUCGAUGAUCCUUGCAAUCCUUCCCCUUGCGGAGCGAAUGCUCAGUGCCAUAACGGUCAAUGCACGUGCCUUGCCGAGUACCAGGGUGAUCCCUACUCGGGAUGUCGUCCGGAGUGUGUUUUGAACGCGGACUGUGCCAGGAAUCGUGCCUGUGUCCGCCACAAGUGUGUAGAUCCCUGCCCCGGAACCUGUGCUCCCAACGCCAUCUGCGAUGUAAUCAACCAUAUAGCCAUGUGCCGAUGCCCAGAGCGGAUGACCGGAAACGCCUUCAUUUUGUGCGAGGCUCCGCCUGUAUCCCUGGCGCCUCCCAAUCCUUGCUAUCCAUCGCCUUGCGGUCCAAACAGCCGGUGCAGAGUUCUUAACGACAACGCCGUAUGUUCCUGCAUUGAGGACUUCGUUGGCACACCACCAAACUGCCGGCCAGAGUGUACCCACAACUCGGAUUGUCUGCCCAGACUGGCAUGCCAACGCCAACACUGUGUGGACCCAUGUCCCGGAACGUGCGGCUUCAACGCCAUCUGCCAUGUGGUGAACCAUGCACCGAUCUGUAGCUGCCCGCCUCGUCACAACGGAAAUCCCUUCCUGGGCUGUUUCCCAGAGCCGGUACGACGCGACGAAAUCGCUCCGAAGCACCCUUGCCAGCCGUCUCCCUGCGGUCCCUAUGCCAACUGUGUUGCCUUGGGAGAUCAGGCCCAGUGCAGCUGCCUGCCCAACUAUAUCGGAACGCCACCCAGCUGCCGACCAGAGUGCAUAACCAACUCAGAGUGUCCGUUCGACAAGGCCUGCUUGAACCAACGGUGCGGUGAUCCUUGUCCUGGCGCCUGUGGCUCCAAUGCCAACUGCCAUGUGAUUAGUCACGCUGCCAACUGCUACUGUCUUCCGGGCUAUACUGGUGAUCCAUUCACAUCCUGUCGCCAAGUGCCUCAGAUCCAGCAUGAGGAAAUCGUUCAGCCCUGCUCGCCAAAUCCCUGCGGCGCCAAUGCAGUUUGCCGCCAUGUGGGCAACGUUGGAUCUUGCCAAUGUCUGCCAGAAUACUUCGGCAACCCGUACGAAGCUUGCCGUCCAGAAUGUGUCACCAACAACGACUGCCCGGCGGAUAAGUCUUGCCAGCAGAUGAAGUGCCGUGAUCCCUGCCCAGGAGUGUGUGCGUUGAAUGCUGUCUGCCGGGUGAUUAAUCACCUGCCGACCUGUCACUGCCUCAGUAACUUUGUUGGUGAUCCCUACCGUUACUGUCAAAUACCCGAGAAACCUGUCCUCAAAGAGUACGUCAAUCCCUGCCAGCCAUCUCCUUGUGGUCCGAACUCUCAGUGCCGCGAAAACAUUGAACAGGCUAUCUGCUCCUGCCUGCCAGAGUAUGUGGGUGUCCCGCCCAACUGCAGACCCGAGUGUGUAACCAAUGGGGAGUGUCCCCAUAACAAGGCUUGCAUCAGGCAAAAGUGUAGUGACCCAUGUCCAGGAGUGUGCGGUUCCAAUGCCGACUGCCGUGUCAUCCAACACGCUCCAAUCUGUAGUUGUCGACCUGGGUUCACAGGCGAUGCCUUCAGUCGUUGCCUCCCACUGCCACCUCCUCCGCCGCCCCAGCUGGAUGUUUAUCGUAAUCCUUGUGUGCCGUCACCUUGCGGUCAGUUCGCGGAAUGUCGGGACAAUCAUGGCACUGCCACCUGCACUUGCCUGCCGUCCUACUUUGGCACUCCCCCCAACUGCCGCCCCGAGUGUACGAUCAACGCCGAAUGUCCUGCCCACUUGUCCUGCCAGCAGCAACGCUGCCGAGAUCCCUGCCCCGGAGCCUGUGGAUUCAACGCCCUGUGCACGGUGGUCAACCACAACCCCACGUGCCAGUGUGCUCCAGGGUUAAUCGGUAACCCCUUCACAUCCUGCCAUGCACCGCCUCCUGUCGCCCGAGAUCCCCCACAAAUAAGUGAUCCUUGUUCGCUGAUCACCUGCGGGCCCAACGCAGUAUGCAACCAAGGACAGUGCACCUGUCUGCCCGAGUUUGUGGGCAACCCCUUGGUCGGCUGCAGGCCAGAGUGCGUCCUGAGCACGGAAUGCGACUGGAACAAGGCUUGUGUGAGGAACAAGUGUGUCGACCCCUGUCCCGGAACAUGUGGAUCCAAUGCCAUCUGCGAGGUUCACAGACACGUGGCCAUGUGUCACUGUCCCCCGGGAAUGACUGGAAAUGCCUUCAGUCAGUGUCGACCCAUUCCACCGGCCCCUGUGCGCGAUGUUAUUGAUCCUUGCCAGCCCUCGCCAUGUGGACCGAACGCCCAGUGCCGCAAUGUCAAUGGAAAUGCUGUGUGCUCAUGCCUUCCCGACUUUAUUGGUGUUCCGCCGUCAUGCAGGCCAGAAUGCGUCCGCAACGAGGAGUGUCCGCUCCACUUGGCCUGCUUGCAGCAACACUGCCGAGAUCCAUGCCCCGGAGUGUGUGGCCUGAAUGCCUUAUGCCGCGUGAUAAACCACAGCCCUAACUGCCAUUGCAUCGACUCCUUCACCGGAAAUCCAUUCGUGGCCUGUCACCGCCGAGUCCCGCCUCCGGUUCACCACGACCCAAUCGAUCCCUGCCAGCCGUCGCCUUGCGGAGCCAAUGCCGAGUGCCGUGCCCAAGGCAACAAUGCCCAAUGCAGCUGCCUCCCUGAAUUUGUCGGCACUCCGCCAAACUGCCGACCAGAAUGUGUUUCCAACGCGGAAUGCCCCACCAACCUGGCUUGCCUCAAUCAGAAGUGCCGCGAUCCCUGCCCAGGAGUAUGUGGCCCCAAUGCCGAGUGCUACGUAAUCAACCAUACUCCCAUGUGCACUUGCGUUGGUGGGCAUAGUGGAAAUCCGUUCCUGGGCUGCCAGGUGGUACGAGAUAUUCCCGAACCGCAAAACCCUUGUGUGCCCAGUCCGUGCGGAGCCAAUGCCUUGUGCACGGAAAGAAAUGGAGCCGGAGCUUGCCAGUGUCUGCCGGAGUUCUUCGGCAACCCGUACGAGGGCUGUCGCCCAGAAUGUGUUCUCAACUCGGACUGUCCCAGUCACCUGGCCUGCCAGAAUCAACAUUGUCGCGAUCCCUGCCCGGGAACAUGCGGCCUGAACGCUCAAUGCCAAGUCCGCGAUCACCUUCCGCAGUGCAGCUGUUUGGUGGGCUACCAAGGAAACCCCUAUGCGUUCUGCAGUGUCCUGCGUGAACCCGUACCUGACCCCAUUCCCUCUCGUCCCUGCCAACCAUCACCCUGCGGACCCAACGCUCAGUGCCGCGAGUCGAACGGACAGGCCAUAUGCACGUGCUUGGCCGACUUUAUCGGAUCCCCGCCUGCCUGCAGGCCCGAGUGCACAAUCUCUAGUGAAUGCGACCGUACCCUGGCUUGCGUCCAGCAACACUGCAUCGAUCCCUGUCCGGGCGUAUGCGGCAGCAAUGCUCAGUGCCGGGUUAUUAACCACAGCCCGCAUUGCAGCUGCUUGCCUGGAUUUACGGGUGAUGCCAUUAGUGGAUGCCGCCGCAUACCUCCCGCCAUCAGCUAUGAUGCCCCUAAGGAGACCUACCGCGAUCCCUGUAUUCCCUCUCCCUGUGGCGUCUUUGGUCAGUGCCGAGCCCAAGGCAAUCAGGCUGUUUGCUCUUGCCUGCGCGGCUACUUUGGCGCACCACCCAAUUGCCAGCCGGAGUGUGUCAUCAAUCCCGACUGCCCCUCCCAUCUGGCCUGUAUCAACGAGAAGUGCCGCGAUCCCUGCCCCGGUUCUUGCGGAUUCCGUGCCACGUGCAGUGUAAUUAACCAUACACCCAUCUGUAGCUGCCCACCUGGCUAUGAGGGCAAUCCCUUCGUCAGUUGCCAGCCCACUCCUCCGCCGCCAACUCCUCCACUGCGCGACGAGUGUAAUCCCUCGCCGUGUGGCUCCAAUGCCAUCUGCAGUCCCGGAGGACAGUGCUCCUGUCUGGCAGGCUUCGAUGGCAAUCCAUUCGUGGGAUGUCGACCGGAGUGCGUCCUUAAUACGGACUGUGCCAGAGACAAGGCCUGUCAGCGCAGCAAGUGCGUUGAUCCUUGUCCAGGAGCUUGUGGCGUGGGAGCUGUUUGUGAGGUUCGCAACCACAUACCCACCUGCAACUGUCCGCCCGGAACCUCGGGCAACGCAUUCGUGCAGUGUACCGUCGUGCAAUCUGCUCCAGUGGAACCAGUGCACCCCUGUCAUCCCUCUCCUUGUGGAAACAAUGCCCAAUGCCGCGAAGCCAACAAUCAGGCCAUCUGUUCCUGUUUGCCUGGAUACUUCGGCGUUCCUCCAACCUGCCGACCCGAGUGUACCAUCAACUCUGACUGUGCCCCUCACCUGGCCUGUCUGAACCAACACUGCCGCGAUCCCUGCCCAGGAGCUUGUGGCCAAUACGCCGACUGCCAGGUCAUCAGACAUGUGCCGCACUGUAGUUGUCCAUCCGGAUUCUCCGGCAACGCAUUCUUCCUGUGCCAGCGAAUUCCACCUCCCCCGCCCGUACAAAGAGAACCUCUUAAUCCUUGCGCGCCAUCACCAUGUGGGGCCAAUGCCGAGUGCACCGUCCAAAACGACCAGGCCAUAUGCAAGUGCCUGAAGGACUACAUUGGAACACCACCUAACUGCCGACCAGAGUGCAUCACAUCCUCGGAGUGUCCCAAUCAGCUGGCUUGCAUCAAUCAGAAAUGCAGGGAUCCUUGCCCUGGACUGUGCGGAACUGCAGCCAGCUGCCAAGUGGUCAGCCAUGUGCCGUCGUGUAUUUGCAUUGCGGACUUCAUUGGCGACCCCUACACUGGCUGCUAUCCGCGUCCGCAAAUCCAGCGAGAACAGAUUAAUCCCUGCGCUCAGAAUCCUUGCGGAAGCAAUGCCGUGUGCACGGAGCGAGGUGGAGCCGGAGCUUGCCAGUGUCUGCCGGAGUACUAUGGAAACCCCUACGAAGGAUGCCGACCGGAAUGCGUUCUCAGUUCCGACUGUUCAAGCCAUUUAGCUUGCUUGAACCAACAUUGCCGCGAUCCCUGUCCCGGAAGCUGUGCCCCCAAUGCCCAGUGUCAAGUAGUUAACCAUGUGCCCCGUUGUAGUUGCUAUCCGGGAUACCAAGGCGAUCCGUAUCGCCAUUGUCAUGUCGUCCAGGCUGAACCUGUCCCUGUCCAAGUUCACUUUGAUCCCUGUCAGCCGUCGCCGUGUGGUCCCAACGCCCAGUGUACUGAGUCCCAGGGUCAGGCGGUUUGUCGCUGCCUGCCCGAUUACUUUGGCUCUCCGCCCGCUUGUCGGCCGGAGUGCACUAGUAAUCCCGAGUGUCCCAAUGACAAGGCUUGCGUGGCCAGGCGGUGCUCAGAUCCCUGCGUGGGAGCCUGUGGCCUGAACGCCGUUUGUCGGGCGCACCAGCAUCGAGCUCUGUGCUCGUGCUCGCCUGGCUUCACUGGUGACGCUUUCACAAGGUGUCUUCCUGUACCGCCUCCGCCACCUGUUGUCCGGGACUCCCCUAAAGAUCCCUGUGUGCCUUCCCCCUGCGGCCAAUUCGCCCAGUGCCGUGAGCAGUACGGACAGGCCGUGUGCUCGUGCCUACCAUCUUACUACGGCACUCCGCCCUACUGUCGACCCGAAUGCACCCUGAACUCAGAUUGUCCCAGUCAUAGGGCGUGCAUCAAUCAGAGAUGCGCGGACCCGUGCCCUGGAGCUUGUGGUUUGAACGCCCAAUGUGAUGUGCUUAACCAUGUGCCCAGUUGCUCGUGUCCCAGAGGUUAUGUAGGCGAUCCCUUCUACCGAUGCUACCCGGCCCCAACACCAGCACCGACCCCAACAGCAGUAGUGAAAGACGAUCCCUGUGUACCCUCCCCUUGUGGUCCCAAUGCACAGUGCUCCCAGGGUGUUUGCAGUUGCCUUCCCUUGUACCAGGGUGAUCCGUACGUGGGUUGCCGCCCAGAGUGCGUCUUGAGUACAGAGUGCCCCUGGAAUAAGGCCUGUAUCCGCAAUCGUUGCCUUGAUCCUUGUCCAGGAACUUGUGGAUCGGGAGCCACCUGCCAGGUGCACAACCACCUGGCCAUGUGCCAGUGCCCAGAUGGCUACCAGGGAAAUCCGUUUGUACUCUGCCAGCCUAGACCGCUCCAGGCACCUGUGGAGCUUCAUCCCUGCCAGCCCUCGCCCUGCGGCCCCUACGGAGAGUGCCGGGAAGUUGGCUCGCAGGCUAUAUGCUCCUGUUUGCCCGGAUAUUAUGGCAGUCCACCUGCCUGUCGACCGGAAUGUGUCAGCGACCCAGAGUGUCCGCCCAGCCUGGCUUGUGUGAAUCAGAAAUGCCGAGAUCCUUGUCCUGGAGCGUGUGGUUACCAGGCUGUAUGCCACGUUAUCAACCACAGCCCGCAGUGUGUGUGCCCACCUGGCUACACAGGAAGUCCCUACACCCAAUGCCAAUUGAUCAGGCAAAGCUCCGUACCAGUCCAACGCGAACCACUCGAUCCCUGCCUGCCAUCGCCCUGCGGCGCCCAUGCUCAGUGCAGCAACGAAAACGGAAAUGCGGUUUGCCGCUGCCUGCCGGACUAUUUGGGUGUUCCUCCGUAUUGUCGCCCUGAGUGCAUUGCCAACAGCGAGUGCCCCACCGACAGAGCCUGUAUAAAUCGCAAGUGCCAGGAUCCAUGCCCCGGACUUUGCGGCUUCAAUGCCAUUUGCCGAACAUACAACCACCAGCCGAACUGUGUGUGUGCUCCUGGCCUAGUGGGCAACCCGUUCAACUCCUGUUUGCCACCAACGCGACCACAGAAUCCACCAACGCCCCCCACCACCGCCAUCCAAGUGCUUCAGUACAACGAGCCGAUUCUUAAUCCUUGUGAGCCGAAUCCCUGUGGUGCAAAUGCCCAGUGUAAUCAGCGGCAAGGGGCUGCCUCGUGUGUCUGCUUGCCAAACUACUUUGGUAACCCGUACGAGGCCUGUCGACCGGAGUGCAUCCUAAACUCCGACUGUCCGUCGAGCAGGGCUUGUGUGCAACAGCAGUGUCGCGACCCCUGUCCCGGCACCUGCGGCCUUAACGCCGAAUGCUACGUGCUGGAUCACCUGCCUCAGUGCAGUUGCUUCAACGGCUACACCGGCAAUCCCUUGGCCUACUGCGCCCCCGUACCCGUUAUUCAACAAUCGCCCCUUACCCCUUGCGAUCCCUCACCCUGCGGUCCCAAUGCCAAGUGCUCCCCGUCCAACGAUCAGGCGGUUUGCUCCUGUUUGCCGGAAUUCUACGGCACCCCGCCCCACUGCCGCCCUGAAUGCACUUUGAACUCAGAGUGCGCGUACGACAAGGCCUGUGUCCACCAUAAGUGCGUCGAUCCUUGCCCGGGAGUUUGCGGCAUCAAUGCCGAGUGUCGGGUGCACUAUCACAGUCCCAUUUGUUACUGCAUCGGUUCCCACACAGGCGAUCCGUUUACGCGUUGUUACGAGAUUCCAAAACCUGUUCGGCCUACCAUAUACGACACUCCCUCGCCUCCCUAUCCAGUUGCCAUACCUGGCCUGAUACACACUCAACCACUGGGAAUAGUGAAUGUUCCUUGCCCCCAACCUGGAUACCCGUCUCCGCAACCUCCGAUCUAUCAAAGCAACUAUCCAUCGCCGCCGCCCUCUCAGCAGCCGGGAGUUGUGAAUAUUCCAUCUGUGGCCCAGCCGAUUCCGCCGACAAGUCAACGACCCAUCUUUAUUCCGGCGGUUGUCAGUCCAACAUCACCUGCCCCGCAGCCUGGAGUAAUAAAUAUUCCGUCGGUGGCGCAACCUGCGUAUCCAACACCACACCCUCCGGUUUAUGACGUUAACUACCCGACAACGCCCACUCCUAUUCCUCAACAACCUGGUGUGCUGAAUAUUCCUUCUGUUCCCCAACCAACAUAUCCAUCACCUAAGCCGCCGGUUUACGAUGUCAACUAUCCAACACCAGCGCCACCAAGUCCAGCUCAGCCGGGUGUGAUAAACAUUCCAUCUGUGCCACAGCCAUCACCACCGGCGCCACAGCCUCCAGUGCUAAUACCAGCUCCUGUGAGCCCAAUACCUACUCCCAAGCCAGAAGUAAUCAAUGUUCCGUCGAUACCACAACCGGUGCAUCCAACACCGCAGACGCCUGUUUACGACGUAAACUAUCCCACAACUCCAUCUCCGAUACCUCAACAGCCAGGAGUGAUAAACAUUCCGUCUGUACCACAGCCAGUAUACCCAGCACCGAAUCCUCCAGUUUAUUAUCCAACAACGCCUUCUCCGGUUCCUCAUCCUCAGCCGGGAGUGGUUAAUAUUCCAUCGUAUCCGGAACCAGUGCCACCCACCCCACAGGCUCCUGUAUUCCUGCCAUCCCCCCAGAAUCCGACACCAGCCCCCACGCCGGGAGUGAUUAAUAUUCCCUCGGUGCCGCAGCCUUCUUAUCCAACACCCCAGCCUCCAAUCUAUGAUGUGAACUACCCAACACCACAGCCUGCUGUUCCGCAGAAACCUGAGAUUAUCAAUAUUCCGUCUGUACCUCGCCCAGUACCUCCGGUUUCCCAACGGCCCGUGUUUAUUCCUUCUCCUGUGAAUUACACACCGGCCCCUCCACCAGGAGUGGUCAAUAUUCCUUCAGCGCCACAGCCAGUGCAUCCAACACCUGCACCUCCGGCUAUUCCACGACCAGCUAUAUACGAUGUCUAUUAUCCACCACCUCCAGCGAGACCCGGUGUUAUUAAUAUACCAUCGCCGCCACGCCCUGUAUACCCAGUGCCCCAGCAACCGAUAUAUAUACCAGCGCCAGUUGUGCCUACAUACGCACCAUCACCUGGAGUCAUUAAUGUUCCAUCGGUGCCGCAACCCACUUAUCCACAACCGAAUCCACCGAUAAUCCACGAUGUCAGCUAUCCACCACCACAGCCCACACCGCCAGCUCCUGGAAUUGUAAACAUUCCUUCGGUACCUCAACCAGUGCCAUCACCAACUCCUGGCGUUGUUAAUAUUCCUUCCCAACCGUCGCCGCCGAUCAAUGUGCCUACACCGGGAGUGGUGAACAUACCAUCGGUUCCUCAACCUACAUAUCCACCUCAGAACCCAACUGUUCACGAUGUUAGCUACCCAACGCCACAUCCGACACCCGCAGCACCAGGAAUUAUUAAUAUUCCAUCGGUACCUCAACCAGUGCCUUCUCCAAGUCCCGGCGUGAUAAAUAUUCCUUCCCAGCCAUCGCACCCGAUCGCUGUGCCUCAACCGGGAGUUGUAAACAUACCAUCGGUGCCACAACCCACCUAUCCACACCAGAAUCCUCCGAUCCAUGAUGUCAGUUACCCUUCACCACAGCCGAUGCCUCAACCGGGAGUGGUGAACAUACCAUCGGUUCCUCAACCAACUUAUCCACCUCAGAACCCACCCGUUCAGGCUGUCAGCUAUCCUUCGCCACAGCCCACACCUCCCACACCAGGAAUUAUCAAUGUGCCUUCUGUGCCACAACCAGUACCGCCUCCAACCCCGGGUGUGAUCAAUAUCCCUUCGCAGCCGUCGCCACCAGUUACGGUUCAAACACCAGGAGUUAUAAAUGUUCCUUCAAUACCUCAGCCUAUACCAACAACACCUCAAUACCCAAUACAGGAUGUUCAACAGGAGAGACCACAGCCAAAUCCUGGAGUGAUCAACAUUCCAUCGGUGCCGCAACCUACAUAUCCAACUCAACGGCCUGUUGUUCCUGAUGUUAGUUAUCCGACACCGCAGCCUACUCCUCCAGCACCAGGAAUAAUAAAUAUUCCAUCCCAGCCUGCACCUCAGCCCGGAAUAAUCAACGUCCCUUCGAUUCCGCUUCCAAUUCCUACCACAACUCAAUAUCCUGUGCAAGAUACACAGCGACCUCAACCAAACUACGACGUGGCCAAGCCACAAUUCGAGUUCAACCCGUGUCAUCCAUCGCCCUGCGGCCCGUAUUCCCAGUGCCACAAUCGCUUUGGAGCGGCGGCUUGUGUCUGCCUGCCCAACUACCAGGGAACUCCUCCGAACUGCCGGCCGGAGUGCGUCGUCCAGUCCGACUGCCCGUCAUUCCUGGCUUGUAUUAAUGAAAAGUGCCGCGAUCCCUGUCCUGGAUCCUGUGCGUACAAUGCCGAGUGUCGUGUCCACGAUCACGUGCCCAACUGCUUCUGUCGCUCUGGCUACACCGGAGAUCCGUUUGUAUCCUGCCAGCCCAUACCGAUAGUACCAGUCCAGCGUGAACCUGUCGAGCAAAAGGAUCCAUGCUAUCCGUCCCGAUGCGGUCCGAACGCCGUGUGCAACAACGGCCAAUGUAGCUGUAUACCGGAAUAUCGAGGAGAUCCGUAUGUUGGCUGUCGACCAGAGUGUGUUCUGAACACGGACUGUGCCAGGGAUAAGGCUUGCAUCCGUCAGAAGUGCCAGGAUCCUUGCCCGGGCACUUGUGGCCUGAACGCAUUGUGCCAUGUCUACAACCACGUGGCCACCUGUACGUGUCCGGAGCAAAUGCAGGGAGAUGCCUUCGUUCGUUGCGAUCCGAUUCCCAAACUCCAGCCGCCUGCUACAGCCCCACCGGCCACAACCCUGCCUGCGAUUGUGCCACAGCGUACUCCAGUCAAUCCCUGCCGUCCCUCGCCGUGUGGACCCAACGCCCAGUGUCGGGCUUACCACGAACAGGCCAUUUGUAACUGCCUGCCAGGAUACUUUGGCACCCCGCCCGCCUGCCGUCCGGAGUGCACCUCAAACUCGGACUGCCCCCUCGACAAGUAUUGUCUGAAUCUCAAGUGCCGCGAUCCCUGUCCCGGAGCCUGUGGUCUCCGUGCGAUCUGCCAUGUGCAGAACCACGGUCCGCUGUGUGUUUGCCCACCCGGUUUGACGGGAAAUCCCCUUCUAGCUUGCCAGCCCAUAGUCUUACCACCUGUACAGCGCGAAGAAGUCGAUCCUUGCCAGCCAUCGCCUUGUGGGCCAAACUCCCAGUGCCAAGCCACGCCGGGCGGAGCACCUCGCUGCUCCUGCCUGCCCCAGUUCUACGGUACUCCGCCUUUCUGUAGGCCAGAGUGCGUCAGUAGUGCAGACUGUCCGGCGGACAAGGCGUGUCGCAACUACAAAUGCAUUGAUCCUUGCCCUGGCAGCUGUGGUCACCUGGCUCUCUGCCGCGUGGUGGCCCACAGUCCCAUCUGCUACUGCCCCGAGGGCUAUGAGGGCAAUGCCUAUAGUGUUUGCGUUCGCCCCGAGCCCAGACCACCUGUGGUUAAGAUUUCCGUGCCCUGCAAUCCCAGUCCCUGUGGAGGCAACGCCCUUUGCUUGCCCCACAAUGACUUGAGUGUUUGCCAGUGCCUGCCGGGCUACUAUGGUAAUCCGUACGAAAUCUGCCGACCCGAAUGCACUGUUAACUCGGACUGCCCGGGCGACAGGGCUUGCCAGAAUGAAAAGUGCCGCGAUCCUUGUCCCGGAGUGUGUGGCAUUAAUGCCCGUUGCCAGGCCAUAAAUCAUAGUCCGGUUUGCGAAUGCCAUCCGGGCUAUGUUGGUAAUCCCUACCUGAACUGCCGAAUUCUGCAGCAAGAACCCACACCCCCGGAGUAUGUUAACCCUUGCCAACCGUCGCCGUGCGGCCCCAACUCCCAGUGUCGGGAAUCGCAGGGCCAGGCCAUCUGCUCGUGCUUGCCGGAAUUCGUGGGCACCCCGCCCUCGUGCCGGCCGGAGUGCGUGAUCAGUGCCGAGUGCCCGGCGGACAAGGCGUGCAUCAAUCAGAAAUGCCAGGACCCAUGCCCCGGAGCCUGUGGCCUCAAUGCCCAGUGCCAUGUGCGAAACCAUAGUCCGCUAUGUUCUUGCCAGCCCGGAUUCACCGGAGACGCUCUGACCCGCUGCCUGCCCAUUCCACCGCCGAAGCCACCCAAAUCGGAGGAUGUCCGCGAUCCCUGCGUGCCAUCGCCUUGUGGCCCCUAUUCACAGUGCCGUGUGGUGAACGGAGGAGCCAGCUGCAGCUGUCUGCCCAACUACGUGGGAGCGGCGCCCAACUGCCGACCAGAGUGCACCAUUAAUGCGGAGUGUCCCAGCAACCUGGCGUGCAUCAACGAAAAGUGCCGAGAUCCUUGUCCGGGAGCCUGUGGCUUCGCUGCCCGCUGCAGUGUCAUCAACCACACACCCAGUUGCUCCUGCCCGGUCGGCUAUACCGGAGAUCCGUUUACUAGCUGCCGACUGCUGCCCCCAGUUGCUCCCCCCAAGAUUGAAUCCGAUCCCUGCCAGCCGUCACCCUGCGGCGCCAAUGCUGUCUGCAACAAUGGACAAUGCUCCUGCUUGCCGGAAUACCAGGGCGAUCCUUACACCGGUUGUCGUCCGGAGUGCGUUUUGAACUCGGACUGUCCCAGGAACAGGGCGUGUGUGAACCAGAAGUGCGUGGAUCCUUGUCCAGGACACUGUGCCCCCAACGCUCUCUGCGAUGCCGUCAACCAUGUAGCCAUGUGCCACUGUCCCGAGCGGAUGACGGGCAAUGCCUUGGUGUCUUGCUCUCCGGUUCGCGAUGAACCUCCGAAAACGCCGCCCAAUCCCUGCUACCCUUCGCCGUGUGGAGACAAUGCCCAGUGUACGGAGAGGAAUGGAAAUGCCAUCUGCACCUGCCUGACCGGAUUCUUUGGCCAGCCGCCCAACUGCCGGCUGGAAUGCUAUUCCAGCUCCGAUUGCUCCCAGAUACACGCUUGCAUCAACAAUAAGUGCGUGGAUCCCUGUCCGGGCAAGUGCGGCCUCAAUGCCGUAUGCCAGGCGAUUCAGCACAGAGCCCACUGCGAGUGCAGUCCGGGCUACACCGGAAAUGCCUAUGCUCUGUGCCAGCCUAUCCCUAGAACACCGGAAAUAGUGCGUGAUGUUUGCUCGCCGUCCCCAUGCGGUCCGAACUCGCAAUGUCGGGAUGUGAACGGUCAAGCUGAGUGCCGCUGUCUGCCGGAGUUCCAGGGCACACCGCCCAACUGCCGGCCGGAGUGUGUCAGCCACGAUGAGUGUGCCAAUACGUUGGCGUGUAUGAACCAGAAGUGCCGCGAUCCCUGCCCGGGUAGCUGUGGUCAGAACGCCCUGUGCACUGUGACCCUGCACACGCCCAAUUGCCAGUGCCCCGCUGGAAUGACGGGUGAUCCCUUCAGGCUCUGCCAACCAAUUCCCCAAAAUCUGCCCACUCCUCCGCCAACACCCAAGAAUCCCUGCUACCCAUCUCCUUGUGGCACCAAUGCCGUGUGCCGCGUCCAGGGAGAGAACUAUGUGUGCGAAUGCAGCCAGCCGGAAUACAUCGGCAAUCCCUACGAGGGCUGCCGUCCCGAAUGCGUUGGCAACUCCGAAUGUCCUGCCAACCAGGCCUGCAUCCGCAACAAGUGCCAGAACCCAUGCCCAGGAGUCUGUGGAAUUGAGGCUAUUUGCAGUACCAACAACCACAUUCCCAUCUGCUCCUGCCCAGCCGGAUAUACAGGCAAUGCCUUUGUCCAGUGUCAACGUCUACUGACUCCACCACCGCCAUCGGAUCCUUGCUACCCAUCGCCCUGCGGCCCCAACUCCGUCUGCCGAGAGCAGAACGAGAAGGCGGUGUGCGAAUGCCUGCCAGGAUUCUUUGGAAAUCCCCUGGUCCAGGGCUGCCGACCGGAGUGUACUCUGAGCUCAGACUGUGCCAAGGACCGGGCCUGCAUCAACUCCAAGUGCGUGGAUGCCUGCGUGGGAGAGUGUGGAUUCGGAGCCAUUUGCCAGACCAUCAACCACAGCCCGGUGUGCAGCUGCCCUGCCAACAUGGUGGGCAAUCCGUUCGUCCAGUGCGAGACACCUCGCCAGGCCGAGCCAGUGGAUCCUUGCCAGCCAUCGCCGUGUCGCAGCAACGGAAUCUGUCGCGUUCGCAACGGAGCUGCCACCUGCAGCUAUCCGGAGUGUGUGAUCAACGAAGACUGCUCCAGGGACAGGACGUGCGUGAGCCAGAAGUGCCGAGAUCCAUGCCUGAAUGCCUGCGGCAUCAAUGCCAUCUGUCGUGCCAUCAACCACAAGGCCGUGUGCAGCUGCCCGCCAGACUUCUACGGCUCUCCAUACGCCCAGUGCCUGCGCCAGGUGCAGGAGAUCCAGCCACCGAAGCCGGAGUGCAUCAGCGACGGCGACUGCACCAAUGACAAGGCCUGCAUCAACCAGGUCUGUCGCAAUCCAUGCGAGCAAUCGAAUCUCUGCGCUGCCCAGGCCCGCUGCCACGUCCAACUGCACCGUCCGUUGUGCGUCUGCAACGAGGGAUACACCGGAAAUGCCCUGCAGCACUGCUACCUCCUGGGAUGCCGAUCCGACGGAGAGUGUGCUGCCACGGAAGCCUGUAUCAAUGAGAAGUGUGUCGAUCCCUGCGGAUUUACGCAGUGCGGAACCGGAGCCAUCUGUCGGGCGGACUUUAAUCACCGUGCUAGGUGCCACUGUCUGGAAGGAUACCGCGGCAAUCCUCUGGUGCGCUGCGAUCGCCCCGAGUGCCGCUCGGAUGACGAGUGCGCCUUCCAUUUGGCCUGCCGUAAUGAACGGUGUGAAGAUCCUUGCAACUGCGGCAUCGGCGCCCAGUGCCGUGUGGACAACCAUCGUGCCCAGUGCCGCUGCCCCGCCGGAUUCAGUGGCAACCCAGCCGUAAGAUGUGACCUGGUGCCGGCUCAGCCGGAGGGUUGCACUAUGGAUGCCGAGUGUCCAAGCAAACUGGCCUGCUUCGGCGGCGAGUGCAAGAAUCCGUGCUCUGUAACGCAUCCGUGCGGUGCCAACGCCAUCUGCGAGGUUGUGGAUACCCUGCCCCUGCGCACCAUGAUCUGUCGCUGUGAGCCUGGUUAUGUGGGUGAUGCUGACAUUGGAUGUCGCAAAGAACCCGCUCGAGACCAAGGCUGCACAUCGCAUGAUCAGUGCCAGGACACGGAAGCCUGCCGCGGUGGCAACUGCGUCAAUCCCUGUCUGGACGCCUCGCCGUGUGCCCGCUCUGCCCAUUGCUUGGCCCAGCAGCACCGCGCCAUUUGCAGCUGUCCAGAGGGAACCCAAGGAGAUCCGUUCACCAACUGCUACCAGCCUCCUCAAAUCACAGCCGGAUGUACCCAUGACUCUGAAUGUCCACCCAACGCUGCUUGCAUCAACCAGCGAUGCCAAGAUCCUUGCGCCGAGGCCAAUCCUUGUGCCGGCAAUGCCGAGUGUCGGGUGCAGAACUACCGACCGUUUUGCUUCUGUCCAGCUGGCUGGGGAGGUGAUCCACAAGUCCAAUGCUACAAACCUGAGUGCAAGAUCAAUGCCGAUUGUCCUUACGACAAGGCCUGUUUGCACGAGAACUGCGUCAACCCAUGCACCCAUGGACAGGUUCGUUGCGGCAGUGGAGCCCAGUGCUUGCCACAGAAUCACCAAGCCGUGUGCAGUUGUCCGGCCGGAACCCAGGGCAACCCCUUCAUCUCCUGCAUCACCGGACACUGCCAGUACAACGAGGACUGCGCCGAUCACGAGGCCUGCGACCGUCUGAACCGUGUCUGCCGUCCAGUUUGCGAACAGGAGACAUGCGCCCUUAACGCCAUCUGCGUGGGUCGUCGCCACCAGCCUCAGUGCGAGUGCCGACCUGGUUACCAAGGCAAUCCGUUCGUCCAGUGCGACAUCCCACAGAUUGCUCCGCAGCCUCAGUGCACCCAGGACGCCGACUGUCCAUCUAAGCUGGCCUGCAUUAAUGAGCGAUGCGCCGAUCCGUGCGCCACUCCUCAUGUCUGCAGCCCGCAACAGACCUGCAAUGUCCUGGAUACCCUGCCUUUGCGAACCAUGAUCUGCAAGUGCCCCAGCGAUACGGUAACGGACACUUCUGGCAACUGUGUGCCCAUCAAGCGCCCAGUGGUCAGUACCGGAUGCCAACACAACUCGGACUGUGCCAACCCUGAGGUUUGCUCGAAUGGCAACUGCCUGGACGCCUGUCGAUUGAAGAGGUGCGGUGUGAAUGCCCAAUGUACUGCCCGGGAUCAUUAUGGCCAGUGCAACUGCCCCAAGGGCUUCCAGGGCAACCCUCGCAUUGAGUGCUACUCCACUGAGGUGGGUCGUCCGAGAGUUCCAGAGCCAGUUUGUACGCGCGACGAUGACUGCCCAAGGGAUAAGACCUGCCGCAAUGAGCUGUGUGUGAAUCCUUGUGCCGCCGAUGCCUGUGGAAUCGGUGCCUACUGUCAUGUGCAGCAGCGCAAGGCUAUCUGCCGCUGCCCACCAGGCUACUCCGGUAAUCCUCAGGAGAGGUGCCUGCCACCCUCGGAUGUUAUCACCGUGGGAUGCAAGUCCAAUGCCGACUGCCCAGCUAGCGAGGCCUGUAUCAACACCCAGUGCGCCAGUCCCUGCAACUGUGGACCUAAUGCCGAGUGCUCGGUGAGGAACCACCACCCCGUAUGCUACUGCAAGCCAGGCUUCUCCGGCAACGCCCAGUUCGGAUGUUCCCCUAUUGGUUGCCAGUCGGAUGACGAGUGCAGCGGUGACAAGCAGUGUCUGAACCGGGAGUGCGUGAAUCCCUGCCUGGUCACGGAUCCAUGUGCCCUGAAUGCUGAGUGCUAUGGCCGCAACCAUCGUGCCAACUGCCGCUGCCCCGUCGGACUGGAAGGCGAUCCCUUCGUGCGCUGCCUGCGCCUGGAAUGCCACUCUGACUACGAUUGCGCCUCUAACCUGGCCUGUGUGUCCAACCAGUGCGUGAAUCCAUGUGGCCAGCAGAAUCCUUGUGCCCAGAACGCCAUCUGCCAGGCGCUGCAGCAUCGCGCUGUGUGCCGUUGCCCAGAGCAACUGCCUCUUGGAAAUCCACAUGCCUACUGCGAACCCCGACCUGUGGAGCCAGUGUGCCGAGACGACGGAGACUGUCCCAGCGGAUUGGCGUGCAUCGACGCCAAGUGCCAGAACCCAUGCACAGUACUCUCGCCUUGCGCCCGCUCUGCCCAGUGCAGUGUCUUGGACAGCGUUCCAGUGCGAACCAUGGUCUGUGAGUGUCCCGAGUCCCAGGUGCCCGAUGCCAGCGGUGAAUGCCGCAAACUGGUCCUGCAAAGCCCGCCGGGCUGUGAGAGCGACCACGACUGUCCGGACCAGGAGGCCUGUAUCCAUCGCCAAUGCCGCAACCCUUGCAACUGCGGCACCAACGCCAUCUGUCAAGUGACCCAACACCGCGCAGUGUGCAGCUGCCAAGACGGCUUCGAGGGCAACCCCUAUGCCGCCUGCCGCUCCAUUGGAUGCCGUGUGGAUGGAGAGUGCGAUUCGGGCAAGGCCUGCAUCAAUGGCGACUGCAUCAACCCGUGCCUGAUCAACGACCCGUGCGGACCCAAUGCCGAGUGCUACGUCCAGUCCAACAGGGCGCAGUGCCGCUGCCUGAGUGGCUACCGAGGCAAUCCUUACGAUCGAUGCCGCGUCAUUGGCUGCAGCAGCAACAACGACUGCCCCACAGACAAGACCUGCCAGAACGAACAGUGCGUCAACCCAUGCGUCUACCACAACCCAUGUGCUCCGCGAGCGGAAUGCCGACCUCAAAACCACUUGGCUGUGUGCCGCUGUCCGGCCGACUUCCUGGGCAAUCCCUACGUGGACUGCCGUCCUCCGCCGCAGCCCAUCUGCCAACUGGACACGGAUUGUCCCGCCCGACAGGCCUGCAUUAACGAACAGUGUGUUGAUCCCUGCCAAGUCCUGGAACCUUGCCAACGACCUGCGCAAUGCCAGGUGACUCCCACGUCCCCUGUGCGCACCAUGAUCUGUAUCUGUCCGGAUGGUUACAUCAGCAGUGGCAGCGGAAGCUGCAAACCCACCACAGGAAUCACAAAGGUGGGUGGUUGCAUCUCAGACUCAGACUGUCCCGCGGACAAGUCUUGCCUGAAUGGCGUCUGCCGAAAUCCCUGCAACUGUGGACUGAACGCCGAAUGCCGCAUCAAGGACCAUAAGCCAGUGUGCACCUGUCGCCAGGGAUACGAGGGUAACCCCGAGUUUGAGUGCGCCAAGAUCGAGUGCACCAUCAACUCUGAUUGCCCUGGAACUCAUGCCUGCCGUAACCAGCUCUGCGUCCCUGCCUGCCAGGGUGAGCAGUGCGGCACCAACGCCCAGUGCCUGGCCAUCGAGCAUCGCGCCGUUUGUGAGUGCAUACCGGGUCAUGGUGGAAACGCCAGGAUUGCUUGCACUCCGCUGGGCUGUCGCUCCGACGACGAAUGCCCCACGGACAAGGCCUGUGUGAAUGGCAAGUGCAAUGAUCCUUGCGCCACCACCGCCAUUUGUGGCCAUGACGAACUCUGCAAGGUGUACCAGCACAGGCCGCAGUGUGCCUGCCCGCCAGGAACUGUGCCCGGAAAGAAUGGCUGCGAAUCGGAACGUCAUGUACCGAUCUGCAUCAGCGAUGCGGACUGUCCCAGCCAACGAGCCUGCCUGCGUGGAGAAUGUGUCAAUCCCUGCAACGCCACCCAGCCGUGCGGAGUGAAUGCCGAGUGCCACGUUCGAGAUACCCUACCCGUCAGGACCAUGAUCUGCGAGUGCCUAGAAGGAUACACCGGCAAUGCAGCCGUGCAGUGCGACAAGCGAUCCCUGUGCGUCAUCGAAAAGGGCUUCGUGCGCGACGUCGACGGUCAGUGUGUCUGCCCGCCGGGAACCGCCCUGGAUGUCUACGAAUACUGCACACCAUGUCUGGUGGAACAGGGCUUCCGCAUCGACGAGACCGGACACUGUGUUUGCGCCCUUGAGCGCGGCAUGGUAAUCGAUGAACGCGGACGCUGCACUUGUCCAAUCGAACUGGGGUACCGCCUGACACCACGCGGAGAAUGCCAGCCAGACGAGCCACCAGAGUGCACCAGCAACGACCAGUGUGCCGACAACCGAUACUGCAACCUCGACACCAAGACCUGCGAGGAUCCUUGCCUCACCAAGGUUUGCGGCGUGAAUGCUUUCUGUAAUGCUGUGAACCAUCGCGCCCAGUGCCAGUGCAUUACUGGAUACACUGGUAAUCCGGAGCUGCACUGCAAUCACACCAACUUCCGUACCGACUUCCCGCGCCCCGACAUGGUGGUCAGUUGUCUGGCCGAUGGUGUUCAAGUGGAGAUUCACAUCACUGAGCCUGGUUUCAAUGGCGUGCUCUACGUGAAGGGCCACAGCAAGGACGAGGAGUGUCGUCGCGUCGUGAAUCUCGCCGGAGAGACAGUGCCUCGCACUGAGAUCUUCCGCGUUCACUUCGGAAGCUGCGGUAUGCAGGCAGUCAAGGAUGUAGCCAGCUUCGUGCUGGUCAUCCAGAAGCAUCCCAAGCUGGUGACCUACAAGGCUCAGGCCUACAACAUCAAGUGUGUCUACCAGACCGGCGAGAAGAAUGUCACAUUGGGCUUCAAUGUCUCUAUGUUGACUACUGCUGGAACCAUUGCCAAUACCGGACCACCGCCCAUCUGCCAGAUGCGCAUCAUCACCAACGAGGGCGAGGAGAUCAACUCUGCCGAAAUCGGCGACAACCUCAAGCUGCAAGUGGAUGUGGAGCCAGCCACCAUUUAUGGAGGCUUUGCCCGCUCCUGUAUUGCCAAGACCAUGGAGGAUAAUGUGCAAAACGAGUACCUGGUGACGGAUGAAAAUGGCUGUGCCACGGACACCAGUAUCUUCGGAAACUGGGAGUACAAUCCGGACACCAACAGCCUGCUGGCCAGCUUCAAUGCCUUCAAAUUCCCGUCCAGCGACAACAUCCGCUUCCAGUGCAACAUACGCGUCUGCUUCGGACGCUGCCAGCCUGUCAACUGCGGCGGCUAUAACGCCUUCGGACGUCGUCGCCGCUCCAUUGCCGAUAACUCCACCGAUUCGACCGCCAUCGCCACCAACUCGGGUGUGGAGGGUCAGCUGCGCGAAGAGAUCACCAUUUCGUCGAACGCCAUCCUGACGUUCGAGAAGCGCAGUGGACCGGGACUAAAUGAUGCCAACAUCAAACCGGCGGCUCAGCGUGUAGAGGACAUUUGCGUUUCGAUGGUGGGUCUGAUCAUUGCCCUGGUCAUCACGGCUCUGCUGGCUCUUGUAGCUGUGGCCGUGGCUGUGUCCUGCUGGCUAAUGGCCUACCGACGACGCCCCAAGACCAUCGCUCCUUUGCCCCAUCCGCCAGAGUUCCCCAACCCGCUGUUCGCCAAUCCGGACGCUGUGCCAGAGCCCACGCCGGACUACCUAUCCUAAACGUAACGUAACCAUACACUGACAUACAAAACACAUCUAGCUAUAUCUUUAGAUUUUAAGGCAAACCAAUUGGUAAUGAAAUGCAAAUGAAAACUAUGUGAAUAUUUGAAAGGCACGUGCAAAAAGUUAU